CUGCCAACGUGUUUUGCAAAUCCCUCCACACAAGGCACGGCGUACACUCAUUGUCAGCGUUGCACAAUGAUGAAUAAAUUAUUAUUGAACUCGGGUGGUGUUAUUUCUACCCCCCACCCCCCUUUUUCAUGUUGCCUGCAGUUCCCAAGUUGCAAAAAAAAAAAAUAAUAAAAAAAAAAUAAUAUUAAAGGGCCAAUGGUAUUUGCAUAAACAAGCCUGUGAUUGGGUCUCCCAGCCUGCUGAAACCAAUCAGUUGUUAUCCCUUUAGUUGCAAGGCUGUGGCUUCUUCUGAGCAAAGAACACCCCAAGCUCUGCAGAUCUGCUGCUAAGAGUCAGGGAUGACUUCUUCUUCCUAGGCUGAUCAAGCCAGGAUGUGGCUUCUUGGUGACGUCACCCACAGAUGUUUCUCCAGGCCACACCCCCACGUGGGGACUAAAACCCAUUCACUCAGUGCAAUAGCAGGGAGUAAAGGCACCUCUGACUGCCACCGUGCAAAGCAAGAUGUAAGAUCUGGAUUCACAGCAUUUGCCUUCACAGCCACCCACCCCUGAUUUUUUAUUUUUUAUUAUUAUUAUUUUUUUUUUUUAAUUAUUCAUUUUACUAUACAACCAGGAUCUAUCAACAGCUGUCAAUGCCAGGACUCCUCUUGUCUCUCAUGGGCUCUGAUGGAUUUAGUUUCCUAUGCAAGUUGGGCGUGAUCUCCAUGGACCAAGUGCAAUUUUGCUGUCACUUAACAAUCAGUCUUUACCAAUAAUUAAAAAAAAAAAAUCCAUAUUAAUAAUAAUAAAAAUCUACAACCACCUUGGAUGCAAAAAAAAAGAAGGGAGCACAGUGCAAUUGGAUGCCAGGAAAGGGAAUGAAAAUGUCAACAGCCGCCUAUGUGGACCAUUUCGCUGCUGAGUGCCUUGUGUCUAUGUCCAGUCGUGCUAUUGUCCAUGCUCAUAAUGGGCUCCCUGAUGGGAAAAGUGAAGCUAUUCCAGCAGAUCCCUCCACGGUCCUGGGAGAAGACAGGAGAGAGGCUGGGAAAGAUAAUGCAUCUCUGUUUGUGGUCGCCAGGAUUUUAGCUGAUCUCAACCAGCAAGUCCCAAGCCUCUCCGUCCACCCUGCCAGCACAGAUAAGAUAAAGGCAGAGGAGAGCCUUGUGCCCACAGGGGAGCAGGAGGAUGAGGAUCUGGUAUCUCCAGCUAGCAAAGAGGGAGACACAGAGGGCACACACCCCCUCCAGCAGGAGCCAAGCCCUGUACAAAGAGCCAGGCGUGGGAAAAGCAGAUUUGACCCUGAGUCACCCCUCAAAAAGCACAAGUGCCCCUACUCUGGCUGUGAAAAAGUUUAUGGCAAAUCAUCCCAUCUGAAAGCUCAUUUGAGGACACACACAGGUCAGUGCUGUCCUUUCAUUAGCCCUGCCUUGCCUUAACCCUCGGAGUGCUGGGGAGGGACAUGGGGUGCCAUGCUUUCUAACUGCCACAAUUGGCACUGACAGGGUUAAAGGGACAACCCCCCAUCCCCAUCCCCCUUUAAAAAAAUCAAAUAAUCACCUAGACAGAUGCAGAGCUAUUAUUUUUACAAAUGAUCCUAAUUUCACAUUGUACAACAACAACAAAAAAAUGGUAUCGUUGUCAGUCCAUAAAUACACUGGAAGUUUGAUGCAGGUCACACCCACUCUCAGUCUCUGUUCAGGUGUGACAGGAAACCUAUUGGUGACAUAGUGUGACUAAUGGGAGUGGGCACUUGGCAGAUCCAAGUGCUCCUUCUCAGUCUCAAUGAGUGAUCAUGGGGCUGUCCUGCUUUUAAACUGUAGGGCACUCCAGGCUCCAAGGGUGCAAUUACUUGGGUGGGUGCAUAGUGCAUACAGAACUUGUGUGUCAGUUUUUCCAGGGUAGUGUGUGUCUGUGUGUAACACCAAUGCUGUUUUUUUGUGCUUUCAAACAACACAGGCAGAUGCAAACAGCACAGUCCAGUACAGUGACAUUGUAUUAUAAGGAAUGCAAAAGCAUGUUAAUAUGUAUCAUAAUAUGUUAUAAAUAUUUGUAAAUAUUGGGUCUCACUAACAAAAUGUGUACCAAGACAGGAAAUAUUUGGAGUCUCUGAUUGCAAAAACUGUGAUAUGAGUAGGAGUGUUGUUGUGAGUUAAAAAUUUUUUUUUACAUAUUUUACUAAUAAAAUAAAUCGUCCCAGAGGUUGUAUUUUAAGAGGGGAACUGGGGUAACACAGGAGGGAGGAGCAUAGGCAGUCACUGGGUCCUGAUCUGAGAAGACCACCUCAAAUGACCUCUGGAGUGCUUAUCUCCCCCUGCUUUCCAGGUCCUGGCUCUGGCUUGUCCUGUGCUUAGAAUCUUGGCUUGAUUACUUUGUUUACUUGUAUCGUUAGCAUUCGUAGAAUGUUACGGAUACAUUGUAUAAAAUUAUAUAAGUAUUCUGAUCCAGCGCUCUUUGUUACAUGGGACACGCCCCCUUACCAUGACACACCCCCUCAUUGGCAUAAAUCCUGCCUGUGGGACACGCCCCUUGAAGCCUUAGCAGCCCAUCCCUUUGCCAGACAAUCUUACCCUCCCCCCACUACUCGACCUCGCCCUGUGCAGGGCAGCCCACUCUUCUGGCCAGCAACAGACAUCACUAAAGGAUUCCAGAUUGAUUGGUGUCUCAGGGUUAGACUUGCAGCAAUGAUAAGGAGGAGCCCUAAGGCUCAGUGAGGGGUCUGAGUAAGCAAUGCAUAUUUUAUACCUGUCUGGCUAAAGUGUGGACACAGGAUAGCACAAAAAAUAAAACCAAAAUGACAUGGCAAGCUGCUAAGGUGAAGACAUGAUCAGAUCCUUUUUUUUAUAGAUAAAACCCCUUGGGCCCGUUGCAUGUGAAAAUGCAGCAUUGUGCAAUAUAAAAUGGAGUUUAGUAUGAAGGGGGUGUGAUUGCAUUUCACCUUCAAACAAUUCAUACAAGCCACACAUGAAAAUGUGUCAAUUAAAAUAAUUCCUGCUGGUAGGAGGAAUGCAAGUCCUCUUUAAGGCUGGCUGAGCAUGAUGAGUACUGUAGUUCAAAAAUAUCUGAGGUGCCAACACAGGCAGUGUCCAAGUGCUCCUUUGAACCCCUUUGGGGGUGUAAAUGUUUUAUUUAUGUUUUUGCUAAAUGUGACACUAUGUUUACAGCGCUGGGCAUUACAAUUAUUUAUAUAGCUCCAACAUAUUCUGUAGCGCUGUCAUACAAAGCAUGCAUGACAUAUGGGAAGAGUAGAAGGAAGUCCAGCCCAAGCCACCUUACAAUUUAAAUUAUUCUUACAUUAUAUACAGUACAAAUACAUUUUAGAUAUAAAGGGACACUCUGGGCACCAUAACAACUUUGUUGGAGUGAGAAACAUACGUGAGUUUCUCAAGAUGUUUUGUAAAUGAGGAGCUACUGAUGGGCUGAUGCUCUCGGCCUAUCACCUGCAACCCAGUGCGUGGCUUUGAUUGGGUACUGGAUUCACAAUUAGGGUUUAAACUCUUUGUUAACUGUAUAACCCCCUUGAGGUAAGCUGGAGACCUCCUCACACAAUGACAACUUCAUUCCAAUGAUGGUGUUGCGGUGCCCAGAGUGUUUUAGUAAAUGUAUCUUAUGUGACGCUAGAAAGAAUAAACCUAAUUUUAAGUUCCAUAAACUAUAUGUAACUUUGUAUGAAGGUUGUUCACUUAGCAGCCCUGGCAGAUGCAUUUUGUUCAAACAUCAAUAGAAACGAGUUGGUCACAUGUAUAAACUAUGACAGCAUGAAAUGCUUGCGCUUGCAAAAAUCGACAUACAGUAUAAAAAUAGUAAAAAUAUUAACAAAGCAGAAAGUGUAAUAUCUCCAAAGCGAACUUUAAAAAGGCCGGAAUCUGCUCUAUAAUGCAGGCAGUGCAUUUAGUAAACCUCCCACAUGGUAAUAUAUAUAAAGUGGAUGUCUUUGAUAGGACAAACAUUUUAAAUGGACACAUAAUUAUGGACACAUUCAUUGUAAGUGGUGUGAGUGGGUGUGUGGUCAGAGGCAGGUCUGUUCUAAGAAAUUUUAAGUGGCUUAAAGGAUCACUAUAGUAUAAGGAAAACAAAGCGGUGCCCUGAGGGUGCCCCCACCCUUAAAACCCCUUCAGCAGCUUACCUUAUUCCAGCGCUGGGCUCCCUCUUCGCUGGUGACCUCUCCACCCACUCCGACGUCAGCUCCCCCGUCCGAUGUCACUGGAGCCAAAUGCGCAUGCGCGGCAAGUGCCGCGCGCAUUCAAAGUGUCCAUACGAAAGAAUUUUUCAAUGCUUUCCUAUGGACGCUCUGCGCGAUGGAGGCAUAAUAUGCCUCCAGCGUCGCAGAUGCGCCUCUAGUGGCUGUCCAGAAGACAGCCACUAGAGGCUGGCUUAACCCCAAAUGUAAACAUAGCAGUUUCUCUGAAACUGCUAUAUUUGCAUCUGAAGGGUUAAAACCUGAGGGACCUGGCACCCAGACCACAUUGAGCUGAAGUGGUCUGGGUGACUAUAAUGUCCCUUUAAUAAUUAUGCAAAAUGAACAAUGUAUUUUAUUUAGACAGACUGAUUUCUAAACACAUUUAUUGUAGUUUAAAGUAAAUAUUUUAUUGCUGGGAAGCUCUGUUAUACAUUUAGACACACCAACAAUAUGUAGCUUCUAGCAAAGAGAGAAAAAAGGGAUUUGGGCCCACAAUAAGGACUGUCACAACAUAAUGAGGACACAUGGGAUGUAUGUGUAUCAAUGCACUCUCUAUGUAUAAUAUGAAGCGUAGACUACUUUACCAUAGUGACCAGAAAUAACAAAGUAUGCAUUUCAUCAUUUACAUAGCUAUGUUUAGAAAAGUUAUAGUUGGUAUACAAAUCUCAAAUAUGAUACAAUUAACCCUGUAAUGUAUAACUUGUAGCAAAAUUGGUCAUGGGUAACCCCUACCCACAGUACAUACUUUAUAUACUCUUCUAUGUGACACAAUACAUUUAUAUAAUCUUCUAAUAUGUGACACAAUACAUACUUUUAUAUAAUAUUCCAAUUUGCAGACCACUGUAACCAUACUGGUAUUAUAUGUAGAAGUGUUUGAUUUAAAUUGAUGCGAAUGAUGUUAGCAUCCUGUCAGUGCAAAUACCAUAAGCUGCCAAACUAUUUAACCUCUACCCUUCGGGCCAUGCAGCGUUACAUCGUACCAGUAGAAAUCUGACCCAGUCAUGAGCUGCACAUGACUAUCGAGGGUUUUAUUAAUUCUCUGAGUAAGAAAAGUAAUGAAAUUGGUUAGAUGAGAAUAACAGAAAAUAUGCUGCGGGCCAUUAAACCCAUCUCUUUGCUUAUGACACUUCCACAUGUUCCUUAAACCUCUUGUAGUCAGGAAAAAGAACAAUGCAUUGUGAUAAAAUGUCUGAGUUUUAAAGUAACCGUGGAUUUAUCAUUGUAGGGGAUCCUAGUUCUGUUGUUCUAUCUUUACAAAAUAAGUGAACUAUUUGUGAAAUGCUCUGGCUGAUUUUUCUUAUACAUUUAUCUCUCAUGGUUUAACGUUUUAAUUCUACCCGAGCCGAUAUCGUGCAUUGGCAGAGAAUGCAUGGUUAGACAUAAUGAAUGUCAAUACAAUUAUGUAGACAUGGAGAGGCAAUCAGUGGCUUUCAUUCACGAUGGUAAAAGACUUUAUUCUUUCAGAAAACUAGAUGUGGUAGUGUUAUACGCCCAUCAGACUGCAGUGUUUUGUAGCUAUGUCUAUCCUGCCAUAAGCCCACGCACAUUGAAUCCAUGCCAUGACUGUCCUCCAGGAAAUUUGGGGUUUUGCUCCAGUGGAAGAGGUUUGUUCCUCAGUGAAUGUAACAUUUGUACUGCAGUAAAUAGUGUGGCAGGAGAUGAGAAAUACACAUAUAUUCCAGUGAUGCCAAACUGGCACUCGGUACCAUCGUGGACCCAUCAUGUUCCUACAGCUAUAAUGCUGGCAGAGCAUCAUGGGAGAUGUAGUGCACAACAGCUGGAAUGUCAAAGUUGGCCUACUCCUGGCCUUCAAUGUAGCAUCUUUCCCCAAGACUUGAGUAAAUGUCCUACUUGAUGCUUAGUGGUGUCACCAGGUGACCAAAUACAGCUAGGACUUGGCUUUUAUUUUUGCUUUUCAGAAGAUUUGACUUUUGCCAUGCUUGCGGUGCUUAUUUAUUCCUUUAUUUUGUUUGUGUAUUCGGUCGGCUACCAGUCACGACCAGUAAGAUGUUUUUUUACUUUCAAAACUGGUACAUCUUAAGCAAUUCUUCCCUUAAACAAUCUAAUUGCAGCUUCAGUGUUUUGCAUGAAUAGAGCGCAAUUCUUUGGCAAAGUGCUUAAAGGACCACUCUAGGCACCCAGACCACUUCAGCUUAAUGAAGUGGUCUGGGUGCCAGGUCCAGCUAGGAUUAACCCAUUCUUUUAUAAACAUAGCAGUUUCAGAGAAACUGCUAUGUUUAUGAAUGGGUUAAGCCUUCCCCCAAAGCCUCUAGCGGCUGUCUCAUUGAGAGCCGCUAGAGACGCUUGCAUGCUUCUCACUGUGAUUUUCACAGUGAGAGCACGCCAGCAUCCAUAGGAAAGCAUUGUGAAUGCUUUCCUAUGCGACCGGCUGAAUGCGCGCGCAGCUCUUGCCGCGCGUGCGCAUUCAGCCAACGGGGUGGAACGGAGGAGGAUCGGAGGAGGAGAGCUCCCCGCCCAGCGCUGGAAAAAAGUAAGUUUUUCCCCCUUUCCCCCUUCCAGAGCCGGGCGGGAGGGGGACCCUGAGGGUGGGGGCACCCUCAGGGCACUAUAGUGCCAGGAAAACGAGUAUGUUUUCCUGGCACUAUAGUGGUCCUUUAAUGUGGGUCAAUUCACAGAAGCGUUCCAUUGAUUUUCAUGGGUUCUGUCACAUUUACCAACUUGCCUAUAUUGCUCUCUCUGCUACAUAAAUCAAACCCAGGGCUGGAUUCUUUUAGAGGAGAGGGACUUCUCAUCCCUUCUCCCAUUUCCAUCUAUGGGACGAUUGUUGUUAAAGGGACACUACAGGCACCCAGACAACUUCAUUUUAUUGAUGUGGUCUGGGUGUAAAACAUUGCAGUGUUAAGAGUGCCUGUUUGAUUUUGACCCCGUAAAACGACGCUGGACGUCUUCACACUUUGUAUGAGGACGUCCAGCAUGAUGAAAAACUACAUAGAAAAGCAUUGAAAUCUACACCGCAUUACCAUAACUUUCCUAUGAGGAAGUCCUUGCUGUGCAUGCACAUAAAGUUCCCCCCAUCAGCUGAUGUAAGAGGAGCAUGAUCCCCGGCACUGAAUUCUGGUAAGUGUUUAAAGGGUUAUUUAACCCUUUACAUGGCUGGGGCAGAUGGAGGGGCAGGGGGACACCAUAGUGUUAGGAGUAUAGCUUUGUAUUCCUAACGCUACAGUAUUCUUGUUAAUUACCCAAAGAUACUUAUAUUUUAAAAUAGAAUCUCUAACCCAGUAACGGAAAAUAGUAAAUGAUUGAAUUAUCGAUUUUUCUAUAGGUUUUAAAUAUGUAUCCUUUUAACUAUAGUGUAUUAUGUAUUGCUCUUAGGAUAUGCUUAAAAUAGAGAAAUCUCAAUAUAAUCUUCCUGGCAGAAUGUUUUCUAAAAAAAAAUUCUGUGAAGGAUUAGCGUCUCACGUAAAUCCUCGUGGACUACACGGUUGCUCAGAAAGAGACAAUGUUAAUUGUUUAAUUACAUGUUACAUUUUUUUUCGAAAACUCUGGCAAGAUUACAGUCCUUGAGGAUCUAAAUUGACAUGCGCUCUGUAAAGUAAGACAGAAUCAGACGUGGAGGAGAUAGUACCAAGGGAAAUGUAAUGUAACUUCACACAGAAAGAAAGCUGUCUAACAGAGAAAUCUACACCGCAUUACCAUAGCGCAGAUUAAGGCAGAGCGUUCUCCACAACAUAAAAUUACAGUUUCAUUCCGUUUAUAUAUGUUAAAAUUAUUCUGUAAGUAACGCAUUUAGAUGUGUGCUACUGUAAAAGCUAGCUUGUUAGUGGCUUUGGAGUCUACAUCAGUGCAAUUCUUGAAAUUAAGACAUUUAGAUAAAUUGAAACUAGAAAUUUUAUUUUGCACACAGGGGAGUAUUUAAAGUGAGUGAACGUAGAUCUAAUAACACUUUUGUUGCUCUAAAAACUGUUCCUGCUAUUAGUGUCAUUCAUACAGUUGUCAUGAAGCCAAAUAUGAGCAGAUCCAAGGCUCGUGUGUGAAAAUAAGACAAAAUAUUCUUUUGUUGCUAACGUUUACAUCAUUUAAGCUCUGGGUGCAACCCAAGGGAAAGAUUGGGCCUACAUUAAACCCCAUAAAAAAGGCCGGGUGCCAUGGCAAUUUCCCCCCAAUCCCCUCCUCCCCGCCCCCUUUUUCCACUUACCCACCCUUCCACUGUUACUUUUAUAUACUCUCCAAAGACAGUAAUCUCAACUUUAAUAUUUCGGAUGCUCAAUCUUUUACUAUGUUGUUUACUAUAAAGAUAAUGUCACAAACUGGAUGGAAAGAAAAUCCGUCAAGGAUCACAGUCUUCUGCUUUAACGUUGUACAAUAGUUUGCUAGUCACUGUACAAUAAUAUAGUAAAGACAAAAAGGAAUCGGGGGCACACCCUGACGUAUGCAUUCUGCAGGAAUGGUGCUGCCGUAGUGACCCAAAUGUAUACGUAAUACAGAUCAAGGAACAGCGCACACAUAAAAAUACUUUUUUUAUAUUUUAUAAGGCUACUUAAAAUCACGUAUCUCAGAAAAACAAAUAUAGGAUUCAGUUUCCACCGUAUAACCAUAUUGAGUUAAGCUCCACACUACUUCACAGUACCCCGAUAUCGGUGGGUCCUACACUAAUUCCAACGUGGGAGAGAAGUUAAAUCGUGCUAGUGCUAAAUAAGCUAAAGUGUAGUUUAAUAAUCCGUGAAUAUAUAUUCAAUGGAACCUCGGAAUUGGAAUGCUCCCGUACUCUAACAAUUCGGUAAUUAAACAAAAAAAAUUGAGAAAAAACUUCUCAGUACCCGAACAAAACUCUGUAUUAGAACAAAAUCACAUGGUAUUAACCUUGUUGGUACCUAUUUGGUAUUACGCAUCGGCCUCUUAGCAAUAGACAAAGCGACCAGAGCUCCAUUCUGUCAGCAAACAGAGCUGACAAGUAAAGUGAAGUGACAUUAUAAUUUCAUUUACAUUGUGUUUAUUGUUUUUCUGUAUGAUUUUAUGCAUAUAAGGUAUUAUUAAACUGUAAAAUUUGUGUUAAAAUGCUGUAAUUUGGGGGGUCUGGAACGGAUAAAUCUUAUUUACAUUAAUUCUUAUGUAAAACUUUGAUUCGGUUUUCGAACAAAUCAGUUUCACGUUCCGAGGUUCCACUGUACUGCUAAAGUAAUGUGAUAAACGCAAUUCAAAAAAAUGUAGUCUCAAAACUAAACAAUUCAAGUGAUAGUGCUUUGAUGUAUAUACCCACAUUGUAUAUAGUAUAUCUGCUCUAUGAAAAUUAUAAUAAAAGUGACAUUACAAUCCAAAACCUCCUCCGUCUUGUGGUCACCUCCAAAGGGGCCUCUGAAGCUGGGGGCUGGGCGGGGUACAAUGUUGCACUUUAUAUUAAUUAACUCACCCCUCCUGGGUGGUAUAUUUAUUCCUCAUUCUUGGGUCCUUUACCAGAAGCCUGAGAGUCUAAGGGUUUUGCGCUGUAUCAUAGCUGACCAAAAAUUAAGAAUCUUAACAAAAAGGAAGGACAGGUUUAACUCCCCUAUUUCUAUAAUAAUAAAAAAAAAUAGAGCAUUUAGGUUUUUAUGCUAUUCGUAAAUUUAUUCUAGAUAACAGAAAUGAUAAAUUCCUUUUAAUGUCUUCUGCUUUAUAUGAAUUUUGUUGAUGCCCAGAGGGGUGUCCCUAGCAGUUAAUUAUUCUAAUUGAUUUUAUAUUGAUUUUACUCAAAUUCACCCAUUCUAUGCCAUUUCAGAGAUGUUUUAACUAAACAUUCUCCCAUGUAGCCGAUUUUCCAUUGUUUUGAAGGAGGCAAGCUGUAAAAAUGAUCUACUUUGAUCAAUGUUUUUCAAAAAUAAAAGCAAACAUGCAUUUUACACUUCUAUGCCAGAUGUAAGAUUUUUCUAUCCGAUACAGUUAUUCAGCCUGGAUUUUCACUUUUUGUUGGACGACAUUUCCAAUAAUUAAUUUCUAGGCCCUGACUAGAAGAUGUUAAAGGAAUUGACUAGCAUAGGAUUCUGUGAAAUAUAGCUUGGGCAACAAAUUUAACAAUGUUGACCUAAUAGUAGAAUUGUAAUCCGUUCCUGGAGAGAGUUUCCUUAAUUCUUCUAAAGUGAAUGCAUUAUCUAAUCUCAUUAUUUCAUAUUGUUCUAAUAUGUAUACAGUCGUCUUUUUGAAUCGCAAUGGUGAGUUGGUUUCCAAUAAUUCUCCGGAAAUCUGCGUGCUGGGUUUCACUACUGUCUGUUAAGACCUCAAUAUGCAAGCCUAGGACAAACAGUAUCGAGAAGCUUAUUAUCAGUGCUUAGAGCGGAAAAGGCUUACCGUAAAAGACAUAGGGAACAGCCUUCUAGCAGACACAGGAUAGUCAGAGAAAGAGCUGAGUUCAAGGAGCACAGAACAUACAAUGAAUCAGGCCAAGGUCAAGGAUUAUAGAAGGCUGGGAAGUCAAUAAACAAAGUCAAGUGCCAGAGAUAAAGACCCCCUCCUGGGUCAAAAUGUUGCAGUGUUCCACAUGUUCAACUAAACGUGCUUGACGUUAUUGGAGUGUCUGGACCUUCUCUCUGUUACUGGUAUUUAUCACUGUUGGUCUAGUGCUGGUCCAUGGUCUAGUUCGGCACCCAUGGCUUGAUGUGAAUUGAGUGUGGUUCCAUUUAUUUGCAUUGCAAUAAACAAAGUCAAGUCUGAAACCAGAAGUCUCAAACAUCACUCAGAUUCGCACUCUCUGGUAUUCAAGAUCAUGACAGGGUAAGGAGCAAACUGAGUGGCAGCACCAAAUAAACUAGACUCAGGUCUUAUUGGUUUGUGCCACAUUUUGAUGCCAGAACAUGCCCAAAGCAACACUAUAGCCGUGACUGCGAAAAAUGACACAGGCUGCGAUAGGUAUAAGAAAACACAAGGAGGUAGCGCUCUGCCUUAGAAAAGAUGGUAAAAUUACUCACAACAAAAGUACAUGUUUGGCGGCAUCCUGGAGGGACAGAAGCCGUGACAUUGUCUAGCUAAACAUUAGAUGGUUCUGAUGACAUUUCCUAGAAUGGUACUAUUGAGAACAGACCGUCCAGCUCAGUCUAGCCAGGGAUAUCAUCAUGAGCCAUAAUGUACAUGUGUUGAUAUCAUAAUGAUCUGCAAAAACAGAAAUUCCACUACAAUUUAUUUAACAUAAAAAGCUUAACACAGAAACCAUGACAGCACAAAAAAUAUAAAAGUUGCAAAAAAGUUUCCUCUGUAAAUUCUUUAUAAAGAAAGCUGGUCUUGUUUGUCUGGAAGCUUUUCACAGUUUCUAGAAUAACCUCCAUUGUACAUUAAACUCCUGUUAUAGUACAGAUCCCUCUGGCCUGGCAGGACCCAUCAAUAUUCCUCAAAUUACUUAUUUUACAGUCAAAAUCUAACCAGAACACCACCGUACUGUUACAAAUAGCUACACAUGUUCUAUUCUGUUUUCAAAUCCCCGAUUGACUUAGCAUACAUAGAUAAACAAAUGUACAAUCAAGUCCUGUCUAGUACCCAGACAGUAACCACAAUAACUGUCUUUUUCUGCCCCUAUCUUCUUAUUGUCUAUACCUGAUUACCCUCUUGUUGUCUAUAAAAGACACAGUUAAUUGCUUAGUAUUAAUUUCCACAUAAAAGUAAUAAAUCUUCAAGCUUUAGCAAAAAAAAAAAAAAAAAAAGGAUUUUUCUUCUUUUAGUGUGCAAGUAAUAAUUUAGACCAUCUUGGCUUCUGGAGACAUUAGUGGUUGAAAAUAAACUUGGAUCUUGAAUAUAUUUGACAUGUGGUUUUUGUUCUGUUUUUAGCAUUAAAGCAUAUGUUUUUUGUUUUGUUUUUUUGUGUUUUUUUCCCAUCUAUAGAUCAGCUGUUUGGAAAGCUGUUAAAACACUCACAAUAUGCAAAUUAUACAAAUUAAGGCAAUUUUUGUUUAAAAUAAGUAUUUUUUUUAAAUUAAGUCUUUGUUAAGUUUUUGUUGUUGUGGUGUUUUUUUUUUUUUUCUUCUUCUUCUGUUCGGGUUCACUAAGAUCACAUGGCCUCGCAGAUAGGAAUCUGGCAUGUUAGGAUACAAUAAAGGUCAUCUAAGUGCACAAGAAAAUGCAGACAUUUACAUCCUGCUUUGCCGACUCAGCAAGUCCCUCUGAGACACCAUUAAAUGCAAAAGCAAAAAUAAUAAGAAAAAAGUUCAAAGUUCUACUCAAGGAGCUUAAAAUGGAAAAAUGAUCUCAUGUAUUUACUGUUACAAAACUUAGCAGACAAACAUUUGCCAACUAAGAAGACUUUCUGUUGUUUUUAUUGGAAUGUGAAAAGCACACAGUUAACUCCGUGAUGACAAGGGUUUAUCAAGUCCCAAUAUAUCCUUUCACUAGGGGUUGAAACCUUUAAUAAGCUCUACAGAGGCAUUACUAAUAUUAAAUACAGUCUAUAGUACACAAUAUUAAUCCAUUCCGCUUCUGAGUUAGUCAAACCUCUGGUUAUCAUGAUAUCACGGACAUGUUUGUAUGGACGGGGUUAAACCUCUUGAGAAGAUGGGAAAGUGAGAAAAUUAGAAGUGUCACUCCUUAAAGACCUCCCGCCUUCUCCCUACCAGCAUUUUGCUAGAAUCCUUGUAUAUUUUAAAAUGCAAAUCAGCAUAAAUAUGCUAGCACUGACACAACACUGAAGAUUGUGACUGCUCUUUUACUCUGCUUAAAGGGACAGUGUAAGAAACCAAAAUCACUCCAUCUUAAUGAAGUGCUUUGGGGACAUAGGUGCAAAUGGGGAAAUAAAAGUGCUAUUUCUGAGAAAACAACACUCUGUGAGUGUUUUUAAUUUACACACCUACUUGUGGCCAUCUCUCUGACAGCUGCUCCUAGUAGGCGUGGGAAUUGCAAAAUGUAAAUAGGUCCUCAGACUAAAAUAGAUUUAUUUAUUGUAUCUAUUUGACGUCCAGUUGUCAGCAAGCAAAGCAUGCCAAUACCAGGUUAAAAGAGAACCACUGGACUUGUGGAUUGUCACAAUUGAUGCUCAUGUGCAUUGUGUCCUCAGUUCUUCUCUACACAAAGUAUUUGUUUAACAAAAAAGCCAUUAAGUUUGAUGACAUCAUCUCAGUGCUGAAAGAAAGUACGAUUUAAUGGCGCUUUUAUGUGUUUUUUUUUUAUUUUUGUGUUUGUUUUUUUGUUUAUGGAAGGGCCUGUUUAUAGGAACACAUGCAAAUAUUUUUAUUUUAUUUAUUUUUUAAAUUGGUGUUCUGUUACAAAAGUUCCCUCAGGUAACCGAGUAUGUGAAAAACUGUUUUUAUCACAGUGAAGAUAUUUAUUGCCCUGGAAACAUUGUUAGAGUAGUGGUUGAUUAGAGUUUCAGCUUCUUCCUGUCCAGGUAUUCUGGGUGACAACCUGGGCACACACAAUGUCACAUCUGCCCCUGUGUAUAUGGUCUCCACCAUCCAGGCUGGGGAGAAGUGAUACCUACUUUAGCUAAUAGUCUUCAGGGGGAAAAACUGCCCACUCAGCAAGCUAUGCUAUUUUUGCCCACUCUGAGUGUUGCUUUUUCCUGAUCUUACUAUCUCUUUUGCCCAAAAUAAAGGUGAUUAUUUGAAAAUGCCAUUAGAACCAGAUGUAAUUCUGUUGUUGAGCAGUUGCAAUACUGCAGUGGAUUCGUGGCCUAAAAUAUCAGCAGGGGAGGUGAAUGCUACUCGAGUGGAAAUUGAAACAUGAUGUUACUGACUCAAAAAUAAGGGCAAAGUUCAAAUAUCUUGUUAGACAGGCUUGAGUAAACAUUUUUGUAUAGGCUGUCAAAGUGUGUCGUCACUGCUGUUUAUGUUUAUAAUUUAGGUGUUUUGACACUGGACUACUUACUUUGAGAAUACAAUCUAUAGAAUGCUGUAUUUACUAGAGAGCUUCAGACUUCAAAAUACCAUUCAGAUUGUUCUCUGUGUCAAUUUAUAUUGUUAUUUUGCUUUUAUUGUCAUUUUUACAAUGCAUUAUAAAACAAAAACCAUCACACGCCUUCUUUUUGUGUACAAUCUACUGCUGCAUGAGUGAUCCACAGCUACAAUGCUUUGCUAGCGCUCAAGCCUCCCUCCUUUUAAGCAGAAAUGGCCAUACCUUGCUAUUCGCUCACUCCAUAGGGUGAAACUGUGUCAACCAAUAGAGCAGGAUACUAGAAGGGGGAUGAUGAACAGAAAGAUGCUGCAUGAUCAUCAGACCAUGAACCAGUGUAAUUCUGUACUGCUUUACAGACGAUUACUGACAAUUUCCAACUCAGUAUUAUGUGCAAACAUGGGAAAAUGUGGUUCGCUAUUAAAAUAGCUCAGAGACCCUUGAAAUUGCUAAAUUUCACUUCAUUUUACAAAGUUCAUAAUUCCAUUCAGUCAAUAAAAUGGUCAGAAAUGGCUUUGCAUAUUUAAGGUGUGUGUGUGUGUGUUUUGUUUGCUUUUUACAGUAGGAUGUAGAAUUCUCUGCUUGAAGAGGUGAUUUGAUCAGUCUUUACAGAUGUCUAAAUGGCAAUUGGAUAAGUAAUAUUCAGAGAUCUAUUUUUUUUAAUUUAUGGGUUAAUAUCAGUACAAUACAGUGAAAUAUUUUAUUAAAUUAAUAUUAUUACGAUUAUUAUUAAUAAGAUUAAUGACAGCUUUUUACUCAGAGACACUAUUUUAUAACUGUUAUUUUUAUUGUACAAAAAUAAAUAAAGUGGUAUAUGUUUCAAUCUGCUUUCAGAGUAGUCAUGUAGGUUUGAAAUCCCCCCCACAUUUUGCCCUUGAUGACAUCAUGAUUUUUCUAUAGCGUUAGUCGGGGUUAUUGAACAAUGGGGUCUGUUUUGGCAACACUAAUCAGCAGUCAAGAGGAGCAUCACUGACCCUAUCAGAAAUUCAUCAUUGUUCAUCAUUGUUGGUGGGGUCAACCUUUGAUGUGUUCCUCACCUGAGCAGGAAGAGGAAUGAAGAAUUGAGUGUUUUGUGAGAAACAACCAGCAAUAGAUUGUCUUUAGAAAUGUGAACAACACUGAAGUUUGUUCAUAAAAUCCGCAAUUAUGGAGAAUUAACUCAAAAAUUAAAAUUUUUUCUAUAAAAUAGUUGAGGUUGAAAUAUUGCUGAAGUUUAUUCGUAAAAUCCUUAAUUAUGGAGAAUUAACUAAAAAAUUUAAUUUUAUACUAUAAAAUAGUUGAGGUUGAAAUAUUGCUGAGUUGGAUCACGCAUCUAAUAACACCCUAGAAUUAUAUGUAGUCCUCCACAAUUCUGAGUUAGGUGUGAUGUAAUAAACGGUAAUCGGUGAGUACAGAAAGCUACUUUUCUGGCCCAAUAACGAGGAGAUUAGAAGUAAACUUAAAAACAUUCACGCAAUUUGAAGGCCUGGUGCAUUAAAAAAAACAUAGAACAUCUGCUAUAUGCAUAAAACAGCUGCGACUGCUUUGCAUUUAACAGAUAAGCAAAAAUAAAUCUCUACCUUUUUAGUAGUAAAACUUAAACACGUACUUCGAACUACUGAUUAAAAUCCUCUGGAGUCCAAUUUCUCUCUAUGGGCCAGAUUAAUCAUGCCAAUUUUUUUAAAUGGCACUAUUUUUUUUUUCUCGGUUUCUUUUUAACCAUCCACCAUUAGUUUUAUUUUUCUGCGUCUGAUCCAGUGAUGCUGUACUUUGCUGCAUUAGUGUGCAUUGCCUAAACAAAGGCAUGGUGGAGUUUCCUUUUAAACAAAGUUGCACAUACAUCACAUGUAUUUGUUGGAGUAGCCAAGGAGGAUCUAUUGAGUAUCUUCCUCCAAAGGCCUCUGAAUUAGUAUUCAGAAUUUAGUGAAUAACUCUGUAAGAGUGUCAUAGAGGCAACAACCAGUCGCACAUGAGAAUUCAUUAUUAUAAUUAUUUUAUUAUUUAUAGAGCGCCAGCAAAUUCCAUAGCGCUGUACAAUGGGUGAUGUAUAUACAUACAUUUACACCUUGAUAUAAUGUGAAAUGUAUCCACACAGAGGGACUCUCUCAUCCAAAAGGUAUAUAGUUCUUUCAUUUUGAAGAUGGUGUGCUUUUAAAAAAUAUAUAUUAUGCUAUGUCAAUAAACUAACAUAAAAGAAAUAUAAUAAAUAAUACUAUAAACUCAUUUUAAUAUAAGUAUAAUUAUUAACAAUAAAUUAAUUCUGUUAGAAUAAGCCCCUAUUUGUGUAAAUCUGUUUUAAUGCAAUUUUCAGGCAGAUAGGUCAUUUGAGAAUUUGGUUGUGUAUUUCCAUAAUUGAGUUCUAGAUGUCAGUCAUUCAGUUGCAUCCAAACAGACUGAGAACUGGACUGCAUCCAAGGUAAUUUGGAUGCUGAUAAAUCUUGUGAACAAUGCAUGGAUUUUGCUGGAUUAUAUUUUCUAAUCUGGACUACGGACAUUUCAGACUCUUUGAAUAAACCCCAGUAGAUUUUAAAAUCGCUUUGUCUCCAAGGGAACAUGUGGAAUGGGUAGAAUUUGUGCUUAUUAUCCUAUAUCGCUGGCAGGUUUGAUAUUAUGCAUUACGUUGGGAUAUAUGAAUGUGGAACAGGGGAUGGGCUGAGAGAGGUAUAACAAUAAAUCGGCACAGGACUACCACAUAGAAAGGAAGAUGCCUGGCAUUUAUGUACAUCAGGCUGACACUUGCUCCUGAUAGCCAAACUAUAGUCACUUUACCCAGUGCAAGCACACCUAAUGAUAUAAACACACACAUGGACACAUUCACACGCAGAUGCAUACAUACACUUUAUGGGGCAUGAGGGUGGCUUACCUGGGGUCCAGUUCUUAGUCUGAUGGGAGUCUCCUCAAGGCUCUCCCUCCUUACAGGUCCCUCCUUUCUCGCUCUCCUGCGCAGUUUGUUGGUAAGCUGGGAGGAAAUGACUUGUACGCCUGAUCAAAGAUGGCCAAAGAGUGACCCUAAAUGCAUGGGUCACCCAAUGGGCACCUUGAGCUUGCGGCCCCCAGUGCAGCCACACUGACUGCACCGGCAGCAGUUCAACCAUUCCCUGGUAAUGGGGCAAACAAUUGUACAAUGUUUGAUAUCUUACCAGGGUCCACACUGGGUGCCAGGUGUCCUGUGCAGCAGACUUACAACAUGCAGAGCUACAGAACCUGAUCAUUUAUUGAUUGUGAGCGUUAGUAAAUGCUAUCAGCCAAUGAAUGACAUCCUGUGCAUAGAUAUAUAAGAUAUAAGAUAAAAUUGUUAUUCUUGAUUGGCUAAUUAUGCACAAUUAUGGAGUUACACUACGGGAUUAAACUCUGUAUGUGCAGCAUUUCAUAGAGAAACACUGCAAAUUACUGAAGUGGUCGUGAUCCCUGGCCCCUCUCAGAGUGGAGAUAAAAGGUAGAUUUACUUACCUUUUCUCUAUCGCCGCUCCAGUCUCACAGCAACUGACCCCACCUCCAUGGCUGAGAUCAAUCUUGAUAAUCUCAGCCAAUGUAAGGCUAUUGUGCAUGCGCCGCAACAUGUCACACUGCGUCAAUCUGUAUCUCCUCAUAGAGAUGCAUUCAAUCAAUUCAUCUCUUUGGGGGGCGUUUAGCUAAAUGCACACAGUGCAGCACUGACACAGGAAGCAACUCUAGUGGCUGUCUGAAUGACUUCACCUAGCGGUGUUACUAGACAGUAAUGUAAACAUUACCUUUUCUCUGAAAAGGCAGAUGUUUACACUGAAAAACUUGCAGGGACAUGCUAUAGACACCAGAACCACUACAUUAAGCUGUAGUGGUUUUGGUGAGUAUAGUGUCCCUUUAACCCCUUAAGGACACAUGACAUGUCUGACAUGUCAUGAUUCCCUGUUAUUCCAGAAGUUUGGUCCUUAAGGGGUUAAGUGAUUGAUGGUGACAUGAUAUAUUAAUACUUAAUUCAAACCUCACAGCGAAGGAUGCAUUUUUUACAUUUACUUAAGUUUUUUUUUGUAACCUUUCUCAGUGAUGGGGGUCAACUGAAAACAUUACUUUUAUUGCCAAGGAUAUGGGCUGCCAACCAAACAUCCUACUCCACUAUUAUCUGUUGAGUCUCAAUGAAAGCAGCGCGUGUCAAAGAUUAAAUGAAGGAUUAUGUUUUAUUCCAGUUUGGCAAGGAGUCAAACAGCCUGCCAGAUAUAUUAGAUAUAAUAACCUAUUAAUUGAGAGAUGGGAGUCCCUCUUCCUUUUGCUGGGUUUUUAUUGUAUACAGAAAGGUAAAGGGAGGCAACCAUUUCAACAGUAUCCAUAAUGCCUCCAUCUUCAUCAUGUCUGAGGAUGUUGGAAGUUGCAGUUUCAAACCAUCUUAAAAGUAGCUGGUUGGCCAUCGGUACUUUAGAAGGCGAUUUACACUAGAUCGAAGAUGUUGAUCUUGUGGGACUAACCUCUACCAUUUCUCAUCUGUGUUUGGUGGACUACGCCUCCACUUAUUCUCUGCUGUAGUCAUAGGCUACCAGGUUAGAAUUGAGGUUUCAGUUCAACCAAAGCUGUAUUGGAGGCACAGAUCAAUGUCACAUUUUCUAGAGGCUUUAUACACUAAACUUAUUUGUGGUGAAUUGAGUAUUUGAAGUAAAAGUGCAAAUGUUAAUUCAAGAUGGCCACGUUGAGACUCCGCCCACGUUCCUCCAGUGCCGAUGUACGUCGGCGUGGGAAACCUUAUGCGCAUGCACGGCAAUGGCAGUUUAUAAAAUCUGCUAUAAUUACACUUGCAGGGUUAAGGGUGAUGGGAGUUGGCACCCAGACCACUUCAAUGGGCUGAAGUGGUCUGGGUGCCUACAGUGUCCCUUUAAGUUACUAUGACAAUGUUUUGGUUAUAAACUCCUGAGAUAACAAGUAGAGAACCAGGGUUCACGUGGCUGAAGUUGGUUUCUUACAUAGCCAGUUUAUUACUUGUGGAAUUUGGUUUCUUAUUCGGAGUCAGCUUUGGUUAUAAUUUAAAUUAAACCAAUCAAAUUUAAAUAAUGACAAUAUGUAGGGGCAGCUCCAGGCAUACACUUAUGUAAUAACAUCAAUGGUAUUUUAUUAGUUUGGCCAGUAAACCACUGCAAACCACAGAAUUAAUGAACCAAAAUACAUUUUGAAUAAGUAAGCAGUGUUUCCAAAGGGUUAAUUGUUGUUGGGCCACUGAAUCUCAAAUGGAUUUACACAGAGUAGAGUGUCCUCUAUUAAACACAAUUGGUUUUAGCCUGGCCCACUGGCAAUUUGGGCACAGAAAACAGUGCCAACCCUGCCAUGGGUGCGUUUUUUCUUUAUUUUAAAUAUGUAACUGAUGUUUUCAAGGGGUUAAUUGCAGUUAGGCCAAUGAAUCUCAAAUGACCUCUAUUAAACACAAUUUUCUUGAUUUUUGGCAUUAAAAACAGUGCCAACCCUGCCAUGAGUCUGAUUUUUACCAUUUAAAUAGGUAGAUUAAUUUCAGGGUUGCACGCUAUGGUGGUGCCAUCAUUGCACAGUGUCGUCAUAUCCCUUCUGGAACCAAUCCUGAUUAUAGUAUCUGGAUUCGUGUCACACCCCCUAGCUUGAUAAGGAAAAAUAGAAGAGAAGUCCAGACACUCUCAGGAUACAAAAAGGCAAAUUUAUUGAACCCACUGCAAAUGGAUUUGAGUGAAGUUCCACAUUCCUGCUAUAUUACCCCCUAGCUUGGUGACCCCAUCAGAUUGCGGUGACACCAAGCUGGCGACCAUAAGCGCCUGCCUGACAGCAAUUUGUAGCUCCUUUGGAAAUGUCACUUGGGGGAGGUCGCCCCUCUCACCACUCCCUUGGUGUGCCAAUUAACCCUUUGAAAAUAUCAGUUCAUUAUUUAAAAUGUAUUAUGGCUCAUUAAUUCUGAAGUCUGACCAUGGUUUACUGGCCAAAAUAUUAAACUACCAAUGUGUAUAUUACAUAAUUGUAUUCCAGGGGUUCCCCCCACAUUCAAAUGUGGGUGGUAUCGCAAUGAAAAAUUAUUUAAUUAUAUUAUAACCAGAGCUGACUCCAAAUAAGAAACUGGUCGGAUGGAAAAACUACAGCCUCAUUCAGGUUUCCCUGUUAUUCUAUAGAUGCGUACUCUAAAAUGAUAGUGAUAUUUUACAUAUUUCUGUAUAGAAUAAUUGAUUCUGUUCUUCCUAUUAACAGGGAAGCUCUCCAUUCCACCACACCUUUGUAUGUCUCCCACUGGGGUAUUACAUAACCAGGGGGGAAAAAAUGUUGCACAGAUGUAAUUCUUUUAGUGCUCAUAUAUAGGGGCUCAUAAAUCUUAUAGCGAGAAUUCAUUUUCUUUCAUUCUACACUUGGAAAGCCACAACGAACUCUGAAGAUUGCUUGUCAUUCCUGUGGGAGUGAUUAGUCAACCUCCGUUAUGUGCUAAUGUGGCUGUAAAUCCUUUUGAUGUGAACAGAAGUUACAUUCAAAAUGGCAGCAUUCGUUGUUCUUAAUGGCGCUUGAUGUGUCUCCACCCACAUACAGCACAAUAAUAGCCUUGCCAGCUUCUACUACAGUGUAAUCCAGCAUUCUGUUUUAAUAAGUCUGUUUCGAGGCGUAUGGAGCCAACAUCAAGAAAAAAAAAUAGUAUUUGCAGAAAAAUAGAAAAGCAGCAUUCUAUUUACAUUCCAUUUAAUGAACAUUGGUCACCUGUUUGAAACUCAGACACUUAAAGGUUUGGUUAUCAAAUGCCGAAUUGUAGCAAAUGAAAAUUCUAAUGGAUAAAUGUAGGCUAAAAUCGCCUAACUAUGACUAUAGCUGAGUUAGAGUUUUUUCCCAAAAUCAAAUGUUUAAGCCAUUUUUAAUAGAAAAAUAAAAUUAAAAUUGAGAUCAUGUCCAUAUGCAUACCUUCCAAGAGUCCUGGAUUUGGCUCGGUAGUCAUGAAUUUGUGCGCCUCUCCUACCAUUAAAUUAGUGUAUUAGAAGUGAUCCAAAUAGCCUUUUGUGCAUCUCUGCUGUAUUUCUUUGUUGCAUGGCUGUAUAAUGUGAUUUUGCUGUAACAUUAUAUUGCACAUGAUUCAAGAUAGGCCAAGGACACUUCCGCUAAUGUAACCUUCCUGGUAGUGUGCUUUACUUCUCACGUUUGUCCCUUCCUCUUUCUAGUAUUUGUCAUCAUUGUGUUACAUGAUUUGGUCAGAAUCUUCACAUUGCAUAUCCCCUGUUUCAUAAUAAGCUUGCUGCUGACUGAGCUGAUACAACGUUUUCACAAGUAGCACAUAAUUGUCCUAGGUGUCGCAACUUCAAUUCAACUACACAUGUGCUGUAUUGUUCAGUAGUGUAUUAAAAUGAUUUAAGAAAGUGGUUCCCACACCAGUCCUCACGGCCCAGCAAUAGUUCAGGUUUUGUCAGUCUUUCCAUUGGAAUAAAAAAGAGAAAUACGAAAAUCCUUCACGGUUGCCAGACCAGUGUUUAAUUUGGCGGCAACUUUCAAUUUAGUUUUAGUCAUAGUCUUUUAAAUAAAAAGCCAUUUUAGUUCUAGUCUAGUUUUAGUCGACUAAAUAUAAAAAAUUUUAGUAGACUAAAAUUUUACUAAAAUUGUUAGUCGGCAAAAUGAACACUGUGUCGGACCACAAAUAUUGGCAUUUAGCAUUUUUAUACAUGUUCAACAUGUAUAAAUUGAAUGUUUAUCUAGCAGACUUAUCAAGUUAAAUGGUUUUCUUAUGCAAUAUUGCAAUUGUUACACACUGAUGUGGUUUCAAAGUUAAGGAUUAUAUAUUCCCUAUAUCUAGGAGCUAUAAAAAUAGGAGAUGUGCGGGGAAGGGAUGGAGUGGGCAUUUCAUUAAUACACUUAACGUUACUGGUGAUAUUGUGGGGGAUUGAGAUGAAGUGUUUGGCGGGCUUUAGUGUUUCUUUAAUUAACUCUGAGAGCUAGUCUGCAAAGGGGGUGGGCUGUAGGUGUUGUGAGCACAUUUGUGGUUUGUUUGUUUGUUUUUAAUCACAGCUCCAAAAUCAUUUGUCAGAAUGCAGAUCAUAGGAACAUAUUACCACAACCACUGCAAUAUGCAGUAUCUGGUGUCCUUUUAAUGUCAUGCUCACGUUACACUUCAUAGGGAUUUUCUUUGGUCUCUCCUGAAGUGGAAAAAAAAUAAAAAUAAAAAAAGAUGGAUUGACUAGAAUUUGCUCUGCCAAAUUUAGAACUGUCGACAAGGGUGGUAGUAUGUUACUAAUUUGUCUACUAUGCUAAUAUUUAACUUUUGGUUAGAUAUUACAUUCUGGCAUUACCAAUAUAGUGCCCAGCACAAUAUUAGUUCUGAUAUAAUUUGUAAGAACAGGAUACCUCCUACACUGCAAGAGAGAUUAAAAAAACAACAUGGGGGAAACAUUGUUUAAAUGGUAUUAAGCGCACGAUGUAUAAACAAAACAAUCUAUAGAAAAACUAUAAAAUUUCGACUAACCUGCUUCCACUUUAUUCUCUUGAUAUGUUAUUUAGACUUUAUAGCGAUCAACUAUCAAUCAUGACUAUUUUAGGUAGAUACACAUAGUGUUUUAAUCCUGUUGUAAAACAAAUAGAUUGUGCAACAAAUGCCAGACACAGAUUAAGGAGUUAAAUACAUGCAUACUCACCCCAUACUAGGUAAUAUCAGUACAAUACCUCACAACACAAUGGGAACUGUCCCUCCAAAAGCAGGACUGUUGGGAGGCCUGUUGUCAAAUGAUAAAAGGUGCUUAUAUUUGAAAUAAAUUAAUAUUUUGACUGGACCAUGACUGGACUACUGAGAGAAGCUGUUUACAUUCCCUUUUUACCUCAGCAAUAACUUUAAAACGAGAAACAUUACACACAAAAAACAAACACACAACACCAUAUUAAAAAAACAUGUUACAAAGGAAUUUGUAAUCUAAAACAGUUAGAUUAUGUUAAAUGUGGAGAUAAACUUUUAUAAAACAUAUGUAAUAUUAAUUAAAUGGCAAUAUAUUUUUAUUUAACCUGUGUCCAUUGAUGGUACAAUGAAUGUUUCCAUGCGUACCAAGAUUUUAAGAGCAUUUUUGGUGUUGCCUAUACCCCCUCUAUUCUUGCGUCUCAGCCAUAUAAUUUUCUGACAUAAAUAGUUGCAUCUAGUUAUAUAGUCCAGAUCUGGAAUGCUGAAUUCAGUGCAGACAGAGCAGAGUUCUGCUUAGUUUUUCACUAAACUGUGAGUUUGCAGCUCACUCGCAUAAUUAUAGCCAAAAUAUUUGAAAACUGAACCUAAUCUGCAAUUUACCUGAGCUUUUUUUGGGCCUCCAUUUUUCAAAUUGUUUAUCUUGUGAAAGCCCAAUGUUUAUCGAAAAGACCCAAUAGCAGAGUGAUACAUGUUUGUUUGUGUGGAUGACCACGGUUUCUUGAAAUGCACUACAUAUCCAAACUAAAUUUCACUUUUGCCAAGUGCCACAUCAUCCGCAGUUUGUUGUUGUGCUGUUUAAUUAACACGACCUUCUAUAGAAUACAGAAUUUUCCUGUAGACAAAAAUUAAAAGGAAAAGAAAUAAAAUAAAAUUUACGAUGUAGAUGCUAAAGAUAUAUCUUAACUUUUCUUGUAAAAAUAAUAUAAUGUGCAUCUACAUAUGAAUUGUUUUAUCAUUAAUUGAACUCUUUUAUUCUCAGUUGAAUAUAUCCAACGUUUUAGAGCUAGACAUAGGAGAACUAAUUAUCAAUUUCUUUUAUUUAUUUUUUUACCUUUUAUGGUCCAUUGAUAUUUUGUCUAGAGGAGACAAGCUUUAAUGCAUGGGUUACUUCUACCAAACAAUGUUAUACCCUAUAAAAUGAUGUUCUAAACAAAAAAAUGAUUGUGGGAAAGUAAAACUCGGACGUGCACCUGCCCCUCCUGACUGAAUGUUUGUGAAGGGACUAUUUUUUGUGUAAUUAUUGAAGAGGCCCCGUGGAACAUAAAAAAAGAAGACUGAUACAUUGUGUUCCUGUUUGGAGAGACAUAAUUUAUUGCGCUUGCUCUUUGGCAGUUGGAUUCUAUAUAUGAAGUUUCGCCUCAAGGUUAUUGUUCCGAAGAACUAAAUCUGGGGCCUGCUGCCACUUAUUAACUUGCAGAGUUUCGUAGGGGAUCUGCAUCUGCUUUCAUGUGAGAAUCUUGUAAUGAGUUUGAGGUUGCCCUCUCAUGCACAAACAAAGUACAACCGCUUAGCAAACAUAGCCUUGUUUGCUCGAAAGUUACAGUUUGGCCACAUAUAACCGAAAACAGCUGUUUAUCAUAGUUUUCCAUACACAGCAGUUCUCACUCUAUUUUAGUCUGGAUUUUGUUUAUUUUUGUUCAAGGUUGUGUUUUUUUUUUGUAUUUGACACAUGGAAAAGUCAGAUGCUUAGUAGGGUAACAAAAUGAGAAAAUGUUAGCAGGAACGAUUUAGGGAUUUAAUACAAGUGCAUUAAUUUAAAAGUGAGAGGUCUGUCAGAAUAUUUGGUUCUAGAAUACACACUAUGCUGCUAUAUUUAUUUUUAGUAUAAACAUGGUCUUCUGUGGGAGCAAUAAUAGCCUGAGUGAGAAAAUGGAACUUGCAAAAUUCUGUAAAGUCUUUGUGUUCUAUACACUAGAGUUCAGUUUGAUACAACGAGGGAGAAUUCACAAAGGUAAAAUAGAUAGGAAGUGCAGAUUUAGGAUAGUAAUCAUAUAUUAGUGUAUCUGCCCUGGUGAAUAUGAGUUUCAAGGAGAACCAGUGUGUUAUGAAAGUUAUCAAGUAGCCUGAUUUUAACAAUCUGAAUUGCUUGAAAUUCACAUAUGGCUUUUCUGUCAAGUCAAGGAGACCGUUGUUUAAUAGAACCUGUCAACUAUGUCAUUAGGAAAAAUCUGUAAAGUAUUGUCAGGAGAAUAGUAUUACAAAUGCUGUUUUCAAUUUUAUUUUAAGAACGGUAAGCACUGUUUCACUUAGGGUUGAAGUUAGGUGAUCGUUGUUGAUAGCAUGGACAAUAUAAUGUAAGACAGAACUCCCGGGGGAAAACAAAACUGAGCUGUUUAAAAUGGUGCUGUAUGCUCCAUCUUAGAAUGUUGUUAAAACCCCAGGGAAUCCAACAUAGUGACUAUUGUAGUAUCAGAAAGAGUAAUAUUAACCAUUUCUGAAAAUACUAAUUAGCUGAGCCAAGAACGGACUACCAGAUAUAAAUAAGGCGCAUCUAUCCUGUUUUUUUAUUUUUUUUAUUUUUUUAUUUUAAGAACAAAAACCAGGCAUUUUGUACAGUCCAAUAUCGAUAACACGCUAUCAAAAUAUCAAACAGUUGAAUGUUAUAAAGGGUGAUAAGUGUGCAUUGUUACAAAGUCAAGAGAACUCUAAGUGAAGUUUACAUAUUAGACCAAAGUAGAACUGGAAAAAGUCAUAGAUCUGCUAUUUUCGUCUAAAACUUGAAAUUCACUUAGAGCCCGUAACAUUUCACACUUUAGUAGAUAACCCUGAUAGUAAUAGUGAUAAUAGUUGGUACAGCUUUCAGUGCCGGAAACAAAUGUGAUCAAAUGUGUUAACCAACGUUAAAAGAACACAACGUGGAAAUAUUAAUGAAAAGUCAAAUUGUUUUGGUUUGAUUUUUUUUUUUUAAAGCUGCAAACUAAAACCCACAAACAAUAUGAUUAAUCUGUUAACUUUUCACACCUCCCAAAAACAAAUGAACAUCUGUCUGUGUAAAAUAAGAAAGAUUAUCAGUGCAAUGUGAUAGACAUACAUAAGUAUGUAGACUGCGGGUAGCAGCAAUUUUCUUUAUCAAGAGUAUAUGUUUACAUUUUUUCAGUUACAACUGAGAAAUAUAAGUAGGAUAUGAGAUACUCAAAAUAAAAAGAAUUCUGUGUGUUUAAAUCUUUUUUCUUGUCUUUCUAGCCUGGAACCUGACCGUUUCUCUCUUUGGUGCAGUAGACUUAAACUCUGUCAACUUGGCAAAUCUGUUAAUAAAAAGUGCUAAUGCUAAUCCUGGGAGAUUAAAGCACUCUUUGUUUUGCUUUAAAUACAGUUUACUAUUGUGCUGUUCACUGCUGGGCUGCUGACUGUAUGUGUGAAGCAGUAGGACGGACUUUGAUCAGCCCCCUGCCCUCCCCCCAAAAACCUACCCCCACUUGCUAGUCAGAACUAAAUCUUGAGUCAUAUUUAAAUCUUCUUUCUCUACAGCCCAGCACUCAUUUGCUAUUAGUUUGUCUGUCUCCGUCCAAACAUACAUUAAUGUCAUUGUUCAUUAAAAAUCAAAUGGUCCUCCGUGGCUUCCUCUCUAGGUGAAUUUGUAAUCAGAUUUUAAGUCAGUUGAAACAAGUAAGUCCUUUAUAAACAAAACAAAAAAUGGCAUUCAGUGCAAUAUGGGGAACCUUUGCAUUAUAAGCUGUGUAAGCAUCACAUGAUUGCCGUGUAAUGGUUCUUCUGCAAGCACUCUUACGAAUUGCCCUUAACCCCUUAAGGACCAAACUUCUGGAAUAAAAGGGAAUCAUGACAUGUAACUCAUGGGGGUUAAAGGAGAAUUUUCAUAUCUUCUCUGUGUAACAAUUACCUAUUUGUGAGGUGUGAAAUUUAAAAUUAAUUUUAGAAAUGGCCAUACUGCCCAACAUUAUAAAUGGACACUUUACUUUUAGGAGUGUGAGUGGGGGUAUGACCAGGGGCAGGGCUGUUAUGAGUUUAUGCAACUAAAAUGUAAUGUAGAACAUUGUAUUUUAUUUACACAGACUGAUUUCUAAACCAACCUAUUGUAGUUUAACCCGUUAACACCAUUAGGGCGUACCAUGCUGACCUGCACAAUGCGGGCUCAAAUGUCGUUAGGCAUUGCCUUCUGCAACGAUACAUACCUUUUUUAUGAAGGAGCAUUUCUUUUAAGCCAGGUUUAUGAAUGGGAAGUCACUGACUGACUGGGAGCAUCUUCUGCCUCUUUCAGCCAGUUAGUUGCAUUGAGCCUUCCAGUUGAAACAUUUUUAGAAAAUGGAAGGACAGAGAGACAGGGAGAUUCCGCACCGGAACACAGACUUUGGGUUAAAACCGUUAGAGAACUGUCUAACCCCUUAAAGGACCACUAUAGGCACCCAGACCACUUCAGCUCAAUGAAGUGGUAUGGGUGCCAGGUACCCCUAAUUUUAACCCUGCGGAUGAAAGCAUAGCAGUUUCUCUUACAUUGAGGGUUAAUCUAGCUUCUAGUGGCUGUUUCCCUGACAGCCACUAGAGGCGCUUCCGCGAUUCUCAGUGAAAGAAAUCGCAUUGAACAUUGCUCAGAUCCCCAUAGGAAAGCAUUGAGUAAUGCGCAUUCGGCUCCACUCUGGAGUUGACGUCGGCAGGGCAUAAGAGGUCACCAGCGCAGAGCAAGCCCGGCGCUGGAUUAAGGUAAGUAGUUGAAGGGGUUUAAACCCCUUCAGCCCAGCAGGAGGGAAGCCACGAGAGAGGGGGGGACCUAAUAACCCGAUAGUGCCAGGAAAACGGGUUUGUUUCCCUGGCACUAUAGUGCUUCUUUAAGGUGCUUCUUUAAGGUGAGUCUGUGCCAAGGACCUCCUGGCACCAUAAAAAGUACAUUUUGAUGCAGUUGUUAUGGUGCCCAGUGUGCUCCUUGGUGUUUGCCUCCUUUUUCUGGAAUGCCAUCCAGCAAUGUAAAAGUAAAAGAUAACCAGAGAGACAUGUUUGAUUUGUCAUUGUAUAGAGCACUGAUAGUUCUACUUUAGAACUCAAACAAAAGUUCACUGUACACACAAUAUUUCACAGUGUCUUGUUCAUACUGGGAGAGUUUAUAUACACAAUAGUGUGAAUCGUCUCAGUGAGAUAAGCCAGCAUCUAGAAAUGGUUUCCUCUCAAAUCAUUCCUAAGUCAAUCACUGCUGGUGAAUUUACUGAUAACAUUUUUCUUUUAUGCACAAUCCAAAUAUUUAAGCAUCAUAGGGUCAAAGACAUCUGUGGCCAUGACUGACCGACAUCAAUUUUUAGCUAUGGCCACAAUGUUAUGGUAAAAUCAAUGAGCUUACUAAGCCACAAACCGCAAAAGUGUCUCAUAGACAUUAUUUGUCUCAGAAAAUUAUUGUUUAAAAAAAAAAAAAGAGAGCAAGAGAGAAUUAGGGGCACACCCGGAACUAGCAUUUAUCACCAAUGGUGCUUCCGAAGUUGUCACUUUCAAAUGUGCAUCCGGGAGCGGGGCGCCCAACCCAUACAAAAAAAAAAGAAUGAGAGAGAAUUGGGGGCACACCCGGAACACCCUUGUAAGUUUUGAAAAUUUUUAUUUUGUUUAAAUGUUGGUCCCUAUGGCAGCAUCACUGUUGAGAAAUGCAUGUUCAUGGCAUGAUCCCACUCAGGUGUGCCCGCUGCCUGGUUAGUAAUGUCACUUGAAUAUCAUUUUUUUAAAUAUGAUUUAGAGCAGAUGUAUGAUAUGCAUUGUGAGUAUAUACAACCACGCACUAUCACUUUAAUUGUUUUGUUUUGACACUGUAUUUUUUUGAUCAUAUUCAUUUUCCGUUAUAUACAUUUUUAUAUAUAUACAGUGGGACCUCGGUUUACGAAUUUAAUGUGUUCUUAGGGAUGUUUUUUAUUGCGAAAAAUUUGUAAACCAAAACGCGGUUUCCCAUAGGAAUGCAUUGAAAACCAAUUAAUCUGUUUAUGAGGUCAGAAAAAAAGUCAAAAUGAGCUGGCAUGGAAACCAACCUACAAUGCAGAACACACAAUAAAAGGCAUGCAAACAAUGAAGCGCAGAUCCCUACCUUUCCACAGCUUGAGAAAUGGACCAAAAAGUCCCAAAACAACUGAAACAAUUUCCAGAAUGGCUCCAAAACUUGAUGCAAAACCGCUCCAACACCUCCACACUCGACGCCACGUGCUACCCACAGGCUCCAGCAUGCAGGGGGCGGUGCUAUAAACCUCCCAGGUGCAAUGCAUCCUGGGGAAACUUGCUUUGUAUUGCAAAAAAAAAUUGUAAACCGAGGCAUUAUUUUCAAUGGAUUUUCAUUUGUAAACUGGAAUUUAUGUUAACUGAGGCAUUUGUAAACCAAGGUGCCACUGUAUAUAUAUAUAUAUAUAUAUAAAUAUAUAUAUAUAUAUAUAUUAAAAAUAAAUAAAUAAACUUUAGUUAAUUUAGCACUUGCAUUAUUUUAUUUAUCUCCUAGUGUAGGGCGCACCAAUAUUGGGGUACUGUGGCGUAGUGAUGGGCGAUAUAGCGGAACUGAAUCACCAUAUUUGUUUGAUGAGGUAGAUAAUUUUAAGUAGCCUUGUAGUAGUAGUAUUAGUAGUAGUAAUGUAAAAUUGGGAACGUCCAUUGCCAUCUAUUCUGGGAAAGUAUAUAUUUUUUGUUUGUUUUUAAUUACAGAACACCAACGUAAUCAGCAUACGAUAACAAAUAAAACAUUACAUAGCUAUAUAAUGCUUCCAUUAUAUAUCUUUAUGACAGACAAUGAUGUGAAAGAACAAUCAUAUAGAAAUGAAUUUGACUACCCUCUUGGCGUAUGUGGGUUAAUUUGCCUUUGUUAUGUAAAUAUAUGGUUUGUGGUUAAUUCUCUAAAUAAGCAAACUGUAACCAAUUUCCAAAAUGUUGGCCAAAAUACAUGAAAAGUCUCCAUCUCGUUUAUAGUCAGAAAUUGGCAUUUUAGCUUAAAGGGACACUCCACUGUUCAAGUACAAAUUAAAUAAAAAUCACUGGUCAGUAGAUGUGCCCCAAAUUAAAACUUGCAUUCAUUUAAAGGAUCACUAUAGUGUCAGGAAAACAAACUUGUUUUCCUGACACUAUAUAACCCUUAGGUUCCCCCCACCCUCAGGGUCCCUCUCCCGCGGGGCUGAAGGGUUUAAAACACUUUCAGCCACUUACCUUUGUCCAAGAGCCGUGCGCGCAUUCAAACAGUCCAUAGGAAAGCAUUUCUCAAUGCUUACCUAUGGAUGUUCUGGACGCUGAAUGCGAUUUUCGCAUCCAGCGUCGCAGAAGCGCCUCUAGCGGCUGUCACGAAGACAGCCACUAGAGGCUGGAUUAAGCCCGCAAUGUAAACAUAGCAGUUUCUCUGAAACAGCUAUGUUUACAUCUGAAGGGUUAAAACCUGAGGGACUUGGCACCCAGACCACUUCAUUGAGCUGUGUCCCUUUGCGCUUUUUCAUUUCAUAAAAACAGCUUGCAAAACCUGCAGUUCUCUUGUCUGUUGCCUUUGCACACCCUCCCCCUUUAACCUCGCCCAGAUGUUCUGUAGCUGUCCUAUCACAGACUUCCAAGUGCAGCUCAAUGAGAACUUUAUGCAAGGCAGAUGCUCUGGGAAAUUGCUGCCUCUUCAGUUCAGUGCAACUAAGCUAACCAAACCAGGAAAUAACAGGAUCAAUGGCCUGCUUAAAAGCCAAGGGAAUUUAUUUAUUUAUUUGUAAAAUAUUUUACCAGGAAAGAUACAUUGAGAUUUCUCUCGUUUUCAAGUAUGUCCUGGGUCCUCAAAUCAUUGCAUUGUUACAAUCAGGGUACAAUAAAAUACAAAAACAAUAUUAAUACACAUGUCACCAAGAUAAUUUUUAAAAGUGUAAUUAUUUUGCAAAAUGAAACCAGAGGACACACUUUUUACACAUAAAGCUUUUCAGCAAGCUAAAGAACCUUAGGGGUCCGGAGUGUCCCUUUAAAUUGUGUAAUUUGGGGUUUCAACUCAUUAAGACCCAAAUAGUUGGUUUGCUAAAUGUAACAUGAAGGGACUUGUUCUCUGUUGAAGAUUUAGAUUAACUGAACAAUGCAUUUCUCACCUGAGUAGAAAGCAAAUGGUUAAUUGGAUCUCCUGUUCAGAUAGAGGAAAAGGCUGAUGACUCUCAGUACAGUGCAUAAGUUAUAUAAGGACACAUUUUAUACAUCCCUAUAGAAGUAAAUAGAUACUGCUUUAAAUUUCCCAGGACACUUUUUUUGGAAACCAUAAAACCUUCUCACAUUUACAGCUCUGGUUUGGCUUCCUACAAGCUCUGGUUUUCUUUUGAUUCAGAAAUAAUUGGAUUUCCAUUGCAAUAAAAAAAAGGCUCAACCCACUGCUUGUUCACAUUAUUUAAAAUUAUCUUCCAAAGUGAUAAAUCAGGAAACAAGUUUCUAUUUAAACCUCAAAAAUUUCAACAGCCCCACCAACUCCAGGACUCUCGUAGUUUCUUCAAUACUCUCAGAACCUGUUUAAUCUAAAUUAUCUUUACUCUAAUUUCUGCAUCCCAUUUCAUCAUCCCUGCAAAAUGUUUUUCAGAAGUAUUCUUUUGUAUACAAUUUUCUGUAAAAUAAGCCUGAUUAUACAUGCUUGUUAUAUUUGUUCUGUGUGUUAAAUAACAUUAUAUACUUAUGGAAUGCCAUCAAAAAAGACGUAACCUCUUGGCAUAAACUCUUUUUUUCCUAGUUAGUCAGAAAAUUCUCUAGAUGCUUUGAGCUCUGCCCACCCAUUUCACGAUUAGCCUCCUAGUGCAAGUCACCGGAACACUGGAAUGUGGGGUGAGAACUAUAUUGGGAGAUCAGGGGGAUAGAGUAUUCAUUUUUUUUUUUGUUCUAAAGGGUUCCAUUAUAUUUGCAGGGAUCCAUUAUUAGAAAGUGCAAAGUAAUUCUUGUAAGUGCACUGCGGAGUAGAAAUUCCUUGGACCAGUCUGUUUUAAAUUAAAUGUGUUAUAUUCAAAUUCUGCUUAUUUAUAUGUUAAAAGAGAAAUUAUACGCACCAAGACAACUUUGCUUAAUGGGGUGGUUUUGUUGUAUAGAUCAUGCCCCUGCAGUCUCGCUGCUCAAUUCUCUAUCACUUAGGAGUUAAAUCUUUUUGUUAAUGCAGCCCUAGCCACACCUACCCAGCAUGUGACCUACACAGUUUCUCUACACAUUUCCAGUAAAGAGAGAUCUAACAGUCAAACCUCCUUUAUACCAUAGUCUGUUUAAUUUAGAUUUUAUUUUUUUAUGUCCUGCUCUGUUAAUAGCCUGCUAGAGCCUAUGGGAGCAUCCUGUGUGUGUUUAAAGGGACACUAUAGUCACCAGAACAAAUACAGCUUAAUGUAGUUGUUCUGGUGAGUAUAAUAGCUCCCUUCAGGCAUUUUCAUGUAAACACCACUCCUUAGAUGGCCACUGGAGGGGCUUCCUGGCUCAGGGCUGCACAGAAGGCAGCCCUGCCAUUCAGCAUCCCCAUGCUCUGCAUAGACACACUGAAUUUUCCUGAUGAAGAUGCAUUGAUUCAAUGCAUCUCUAUGAGGAGGUUCUGAUUGGCCAAAACGGCAUUUUGCCCCGCUCCCAUGCCGAUUUUAGCCAAAAUCUUGCAUUUUGAUGUUAUCACAAAGGGGACGGAGCCAGCGUUCCUGACCCUAUAGUGAUCCUUUAAAGUUCAACUAACAGAGCAACACCAAACACCAGUAAUUCCAUCCAUGAUGCUAAUUGUUUUUUAGUGUGUGUUUAUAUGUGUAAUAAUCAAAGAUAAUGUGAUCUGAAUCAGUCACAAAAUCUGCACAAUGAGAUCACUAUGAACUCAUAUGAAAUGAUCUGUUUUCUCCCUGUGUGGAAACUGUCAUACAUAUUUAAUACUGAAUUUUCUUCCAUUUGUGGUUCUCAACCUUUUCGCAGCGCUUUAUUUGGUGUAUAGAUCAUGCUCCUGCAGUCUCAAUUCUCUGCCAUUUAGGAGUUAAAUCUCUUUUUAUUCAUGCAGCCCUAGCCACACCUCUUUGCAUGUGACUUACACAGCCUUUCUAAACACUUCCUGUAAAAAGCCAUCCAAUGUUUAUACUUCUUUUAUUGAAAAUUCUGUUUUAUUCAGAAUUUCUUAUCUCCUGCUCUGUUAAUAGCUUGCUGGAUUUUGCAGGGGCUUCCUGUAUGUAAUUAAAGUUCAAUUUACAGAGCAGGAGAAAAAAAACUUUUAAAGUAAGUUACAUCUGAUUGAAAGUGAAACCAUUUUUUUUCCAUGCAGGCUGUGUCAGUGUGUGGCUAGGAUUGCAUUAAUAGAAACAAACACGAUUUAACUCCUAAAUGGCUGUAAAUUGAGCAAUGAAACUUCAGAGACAUGAUCUAUACACAAAAACUGCUUCAUUAAGCUAAAGUUGUUUUAGUGACUACAGUGUCCCUUUAAUAAACACAACGCACAGCUGUACUACCACUACUUUCAAGAAACAUCAUUAGGAAUACAAACACGUAACACUAUCUAGUUAGAUUCAGCUCCACCCAGAAGUAAUAAAAAAAGGGUUUUACUAACCUUUAGUCCCCCGGGCAUUUUACCAUGAUGCAACUCCUCCUCCAGCUCAUCAACACUGAUUAUCUAAGCCAAUCCCAUGCUUCUCCAUAGAUAAGCGAAGGAGGGCUACUGCGCAUGUGUGGCAUAACCACACUGUGCCAACCAGCAUCUCCUCAUAAAAAUGCAUUGACUCAAAACAUCAGAAAGAGUAUGCUCAGCAAUGUUUGCAGGACCAAACCAGGAAGUCCCUCUAGUGGCUGUCAGAGUGACAGUGUUUGCACUGCUCAGCCUGUAGGGACCGUUUAUUUGCCCCAAAGACAUUUCUUGAAUUUCUACAACAGCUGGGAAUCUAUCUUUUGAUUAAAGGUGUGACAAACAUACGUUGCCUGAGACUGCGUUCCUUAUACUGUAUACAUUUUACUAAGAAAACUGUUUAUGGAUAACUUAGCAGGUGAGGUAUCUACCAAUAUGGUGGUCUAGCAUUAUGAUGUCUAGUCUUGUAGUAGAAGUGCAAUAAAGAAGUCUUAAUCUGUUCUUUUGGUGUAGGUGGAUACACUUAGAUAUAACAAUGUGUGAAAGCAUUCACAAGCUGUGAACUGGAAAUCCCCCUCCCCCACAUAAUAGGAUUAAGAGAGAUAGACUUGAAUUGGAAUAAGUGUAUAUCUGUCAUUAUAUAUGUGUUUUAUGUGAUGCCUUUUAUAUUGCGGUUAACAGUUUGUUUUGGUAAUUGUUGAGAUUUGUUAGUUACCUUUAAUUAAAUGCUGCACAUUCUUACAUCCCAUUGAAUAAAGUCCAAAAAGCAUGAAUUCAAAACUAAACAAAUUAGUUCUGUUCAGAUUUGUCUGCAAAACGGAAUUAAAUAUUACAUGUUAUAACAUAUAACAUACCACGAUCAGAUUCUAUGUAAUGUUAAUUAUCGCUGUGUUAACGACCCCAAAUGUUUUGUGGCGUUUGUUCUGAUAAUGCCCAAACGCCCUCCUCAACUUGAAUCGGUGUGCAAGCAACGUCAACUAGCCUAAACUGAUAAUAGUUAAUGGACCACUAUAGUGCCAGGAAAACAUACUCGUUUUCCUGGCACUAUAGUGCCCUUAGGGUGCCCCCACCCUCAGGGUCCCCCUCCCGACGGGCUGUGGGGGGAGGAAGGGGUUAAACUUACCUCUUUCUCCUGCGCCGGGCGGGGAGCUGUCCUCCUCCUCUCCUCCCUCUUCUUCUGUCACCGGCUGAAUGCGCAUGCACGGCAAGAGCCGCGCUCGCAUUCAGCCAGUCCAUAGGAAAGUAUUCACAAUGCUUUCCUAUGGACGCUGGCGUCUUCUCACUGUGAAAAUCACAGUGAGAAGCACGCAAGCGCCUCUAGCAGCUGUCAAGAGACAGCUGCUAGAGGCUGGAUUAACCCUAGCAUAAACAUAGCAGUUUCUCUGAAACAGCUAUGUUUAUAAAAAAAAAAAAGGGUUAAACCUAGCUGGACCUGGCACCCAGACCACUUCAUUAAGCUGGGUGCCUAUAGUGGUCCUUUAAUAAGUGAAACCAAUUAAAGGACAAAUACAUGACAACCACUGUACUUAUAGUAUAACUUGGUAAGAUCGAUACACAACAAAUACAUGUAUGUACAAUACCUGAAAUGUCAAUUUAGAGAUACAUUCUAGAAACACACAUUGUAAUGUCCAUAAGGAAAAUGUUAGGCUAAAGGCACUCCUGACACUCGAUGACUUCAUCAGUGCUAAUCUGUAAUCUCUGUCUAUAACCUUCAGCCUGUAAUAUAAUUGUGAAGUCGACAAAUGCACUAUUUUAUAUAUUUUGUUAUUGUUAACUUGUAAUAGUGGCCUGUUGAGGUCAUCACUGCAAGAUUAUGAAAUAAAUCAUGAAUAAGUCCUAGUUUUAAGUGAAUAAUAUUUUCUGACUUUUGUACUAUUACCAGCCAUAAAAUGGUUUUAGAUCUCUUUGUAUAAUUAUGGUUAAAAAUCAAACAUGUUAUCAAAUGACUUCUAGUGGUGUGUUGUUAUUUUAUGAUGAAAGUUCACAAGAAGUGGGGGAAAAAAAUAGUUUUAUGUGUAUUUUUUGAUUUUAGAAUUGGUAAAAAUUUGGCACUGUACAAUGUCCAAUUUGUUGAUCAUCUAGAUUAAGCAUGAGAACUUAAUAGCAGUGAAUCAAAAAUCAAACUGUUUUCGAAGUAUAGGUCAAAAUACUUGAGCCGUAAAUAUUAGGCAUAGACGUGGCUUGGUUAUUUUAACUUGAGUUUUGCAAUUCAGCUGUCCCUUUACAAUUUGACCCAACUCAACAUUCCGAUCUGAAAAAACAGGUUUUUGGCAUAUGUUCUAGACUUUACUACUUGGGAGAAAUUACAGCAUGGUUAACAUUGUAGUCACUAGGGUCCAUGGUCGCCAGAAGUCACAGACCAAAUUGGUUCUUGGAAGGCCAUGGUGAAUACCCCCAAAGGACAAAUAUUAAAUUUUUUGAAAAUCUUUUUAUAUUCUCGAUCUAACAUCCAAAAUUCUUAUUUAUUUGUCUAUCCUAUUUUAUAUUCCAUUUUCAUUAAAGCAGGCAGAACAUCAUCAUUCCUCACUAAUAUAAGUGCCCAUCUUUUGACAGUUGAAAGUGGAGCUUGCAUCUGAAUGAACGGCAAGAAUCAGGAGCACUGAUUGAUGCUUCCCAUUUGCUGCCUGUGCAAGUGUUCGUGAACGAAUCUGCCUGGUAGAUCCAUGCAUGAGCACAAAUACUGAAAGCAGCUACCUUUGUUAACAGCCCCUCACAUAAAAAAAGAAUGCACAAUGAGAAUUGACAUAGCUCUUCAACAAAGCACCCUCUAUGUUCCAGAAGAGCACGUGUAUCCCAGAGUCUGAGAAUGUGAAGGCACUGCGUAUUUAUUCAAUGGAUAACGCUAGAACAUUCACCCGGGGAUAUUGGACAUUUGUACUGCCUAGAAGAAAAAAAACAAUUAGCAGACUCUCUUUACUUGUUUGCUUAGCUAACGGAAAAAUAUCUAUCUGGAAACACAUCAUUUUGAAUUGUAUACGAUAGAAAAUUGUGAUCGCGGCAUUCUGGACAAAUGUAUAAUAUACCAAGAGACUGAAGAUAUCUUUUAUUUAGUCUUAGGUUUAGUGUUUGUGUCAUUGCUUGGGGUAGUGUUAGGGUAAUAUAGGAGAAUUGUUUACCUUUAUAUCAAUACUGGGCCAUAUAUGUCUGAGAUUUAUGGGAGUUUUUCCAGCAAUGUGCUGCUUGGAAGUAUAACUCCCACUAAUCUCAAGUAGACUGGAUACAUGUAUGUUGGAUACGACUUAAAUUAAAGGGACACUAUAGGAACCAGACCGCUUCAUCUCAUUGAAGUGGUCUGGUUGCAGUGUCACUGUCCCCUUAGCACUGCAGUGUAAAACAUUGUAGGUUUAAGACUUCCUCUAGUGGCUGUCUACCAGAUAGCCACUAGACGCGCUUCCUCCUUUUGAACAGCGUUUGACUCCAUUAAACAACACUGGAUGUCCUUAAUCUUUGCAUUAAGGCGUCCAGCGUCUUGCAAAACCCCAUAGGAAAACAUUGAUUCAAUGCUAAUCCUAUAGGAAAGACCUGAUGCACGCUGUGCAUGCGCGUUAGGACCCCCAAUUGGCUGACAUAGGUGUAGGUAAAACACGACGUAGGGCAGAGGGACGUCAGCACUGGAGUAUGGUAAGUGACUAAAAUGUUUUUUUAACACGGAAGAGGGAGAGAAGGGACUAGGGGGGCUGGGGGUGGAGUAAGAGGGACACUUUUGUGUUAGGAAUACAAAGAUGUACUCCUAACACUAAAAUGUUCCUUUGAGGGGCCUAUCUAUUAUUACUCAUUCGUUAUAGGAAAUAAGGGGAUAUGGGGAUUAUAUCACCAUCCCUACAUUAUUGCUGUUGUGGACAAAAAUAUUAACCCAAUUCAUAUUAAUAAAAUGCCUAAUUACUCAGCAUAACCACAAUCAGCAUUAUUCAACCUUAUAUGUGAUUUACCUAAAAUGGCCGCUAGGGAGUUUCCCUUUGACAUCGACUAACACCCUCAUUAACAAGAUGGCGCUGGAAUCUGGGGGAGACCUCCAAGAUACCAGUGACAUCACACCCGGUAGGAAGAGCACUAAAUGAACCACUUAACACCUAACCAAUUAUUGAUGUAUUAUUUCAUGUUAUCUCUGACAAUGCAUAUGAUGUAAUUUUGCUUUAUAAGAGGCAUGCCGUCCCCCCAGAAUAAACAUUCCUCAAGUUUUUUAUUAACCCGAAACCUGUGUCUGGUGUGAAUUACUUCAGGAGCAUGCACGCAUCUUUUUUAAAUUUGGCCGGGGGGCAGAUAUGCAAGAUAAUCAAUUGAUUGAUUGAUUCCACAUCAAAUGCAUUCUAAAAAAUGUCCUUGUUGAAAUUACAGGCAGAUCAUCUUAUAUAGAUCGAUAUAUUAGUAUGCUUGAUGGUGUCCCUGUAGGGUUGAACCUUUGAUGUUAGCUUUGGGUGUCAUGUACUGAUUUUCAACACGUUAAAACAGGGAUUGGAGGUCCUAUGAAUGCUACCAUUUAUUGUAAUUUAUACACACUUGUAAAGUGCUUCAUUAGCUGAAGUAGUGACCAAGGGAAGGGAGACCCAAGACCGUUAGACAAGCCCAACACAAUGUACAGAUCAAUAGAGAUGCACAAACGCACCACAGUAUAACGCACAACGCUCACGAAUAAAAAACGAGAGAUAAAGAUAAAGAUACAUAGGACACUAAUAUAACCAUCAACACCGGACACCCGGCCGGAAUCCGACCCAGAUAGAAGCCCAGAAAAUAGGGGGCUACCAAUGUCCAGAGAUUGUAUCAAUGCCCGGAUAGAACGUAACGGACCAUGAGGUAGGGAUCCCCAUAGCGGAAGGAAAUAAACCUAACCUCUAUAGUUGAAGGAGCGCCCCAUGAUUCCAGAGAAUGCAAACACAAAGGGGAACCGGGAAAAGGUGGAGGAGGAGGAGAUGGGGGAGGGAGGGAGAGAGGGGAGAGGGAAAGAGAAGGACAGGAUACAGGAGGAGAAGGAUGAGAAGAGGGGAACUACAGGAUGGAGGGGAAGGGGGGAAGGAAAGGAGAGAGGAAGGGAAAGGGAAAGAAGGAGAUAGGGAACCUAUAGACACAUGAGGAUAAUAAAGCCUAUAAGAAUCUAGGAACACUGGGUAAAUGUUAAAUACUUAACUAUUUGUCACUGUAAGUGAGACCUGCGUGUCUCCCGACCCACCAUUGCAUGUUUGAUUGUAUAUGCUACAGCAAAUCUAUACAAAUAAACUUAUAUUUACAAAAAAAAAAUAAAGUGCUUCAUGAUAUUUUAUGCAGUGGCGGUGUCCGUAAAAAUGUAUGUAGCUGUACAGACUCCUUAAAUGUUACUGUUUAGACAGUUUUAUGGAUAAUGUUUUAUAACAUACACACACAAUAUACUACAGACAAAUAUGUCAAAUUGGCAAUGGCUUUGAGCUAUAUUCUACUUUAUCUCUAGGUUUCCCUGGACUGAAUAAGGAAGGGAAAGACAUGACUGCUGCCCAGGGAGGGGGGAUGGACAUAAAGGGAUACAUAUGUAGCGAGAAGGGACCUAGUAUAUAGGGGAAACAUGACUUGCAUUUCAGGUGUUGUUUUUAGAAGCUCUGAAUAACCGGCCAAAAACAUGUUAGACAAAUAAUCUGUUUUUUUUGUCUUUGUCUAAAGAUCUCUUGCCGCCUUAAGUGUAUGUCUUUAGCUGCAAAGCACGUUAGUGUGCCAUCUUGAGGGGAGUGUUUUUUGAGAGUGUUCAUUCAGUCCUCGUAAAUAGGCUGUAAUUAGGGAGUGUUAAAUCUUUAGGUUUCCAAAGGUAACUGAUACACAGUCAAAUCUUCUCGCCCUACCUUCAUCAUCCCAUAGGAAAAAAACAAAUUACCUGUUUCAGGGCUGUCACAGGUGUUAAUGGAAGUUGCAAACUUAUUCCUGACCCGUUACCAUCAGCCAGCGUUAGGGAAUAACAAUGCUAUCUGCGUAAUCGGACAUUGUCUUAAAGAUGGUGUUCCUCAUACCUUGGCCUAGACUUUCCAUCUUGCUAUGCAAGAUCUAGAACCCACUGAAAACUUCAUACCAAUUUGUCAAGAAUAAUCCAAUUUCUGCUCUUAAACAGACUUUUACCCUCAGAUUACAUUUUUAACUCUGUAUUACGGCCUUUAUAUCCCAUAUAGAUAUAAUAGAGAAUACUCCAUAAAUGCCAUAUUUACUUUGUGGGAAACCAGAUUAUGAGUCCAAUAUAUAUAUAACAUUUUAUGUAGUGAUUGAUUUCAAAACACUGUGAGAAAACUUUUUAAUGCAAUGUGAGCUGUGAUCAAACAGGUUAGAAUACCAUUUCUUGCCACACAUAUCAGUUUUAUAAUCCCCCCUCCCCCACCCCCCCAGAAGCCCACAAUUUUUGUUUUUGUUUGUUUUAUUUUCUUUAAACAAACAAAAAUAAACUAAAACAUUGGUAAUCCAAAAUGUAUGCAAUUGGUCUAUAAUGUUGGUCUCUAACCAUAGUGCUAUCUAAACCCCUAUGUAUAAGAAUACUAUACUAUUUUGCACAUUAAAGAGGGACUGUCAUUUUUGUAGUCUUUGUCUCAUGUAGAUCUUUUGAUUGCCUUUUGAAUUUGAGUUUUUGAGAAAUUCCAAUGCAGUCAACAACAGCUUUUCAUAAAUAUAUUUUCAUAUUAUCGUGUCUCAACUGUUUAUUCUUGUAUUUGUAUGCACUGAAACAUAGCUCAAGAAUAACUGGAAUUGUUAUUUGUCACAGGCAAACUGCAUUAAGUGCGAUAGUGCUGAUCUUUGGUCUUGCAUGUUGUCCCACUUUUGAACAUUGUUAUAAUAUAUUUAAUAUUACUAAAUAUAAAAUAAAUCUAUACAAAAAUGAAAUUGGGAAACAAAAAUAAAAAUGUCAUGUGUAUAUAUCCAUUAUUUUUUUUAUCUACUUUAAAUUAUACUUCAGACCCCAUAACCAUCUCAUAGCCACUUUACCCCCAAAAAAGUGGUGAUGGUCCCUGGAAUCCGCUCGCACAGCCUUACCUUAUAGUGUUAAACUGUUUUUGAAACGGUUUAUACAGAUGUAGUAUCUCCAGACAACCUUUAUGCUGCAUGUCCUCUGGUGCUCAACUAAUGCAGAAAGGCAUUUGGUUGAACAGGGAUACCUCAGCACAGAAUGUACCUGUCAUAGUUGAAUAUAUUUAUUACUUGUUAUGUGUUAAAUUUAUAUAUGUGUGUAUGCAUAUGUCACAGGUUCGGGAGUCUGUUGCUGUUAUUCCUUUAAUCCUCCACUAGUCCUAAUUCCAGAUGUGCUGAAUAUAGUGAAAGUAUUCCCUUAGUGUAGAGUUUCCCCAAUAUAAUGGACGCAACCAGUCGUAUUGGAUAAAAGCAGCAAUCUGACUUUAUUAGGCUACACUCUGCUUUUUGUGCAGUGCCCCUAGCAUGGGGUUUCUAAUACAAAAUCACAGGGGUUUCCUUCCCACAAGCCAUUGUGUUUGAUAGAUAAUUGUGCUCCAAUUAAGCUAAUCCAAUUAUCUCUCAAAUAGGAAAACCUACAUACAAUUUUUAAAUAUCACAAAAAUACAUGGCAACAACAUCGGAACCCCACAAAAUGAUAUUCCUGAAUAGCCCAGAUCUGCGCACACAACAUUUCCAAAAAGUGCUCAGAUAUUUUUGUUAUAACUCAAGUUAUGUUAGUGCAUAUAUGACCUGGCUGCCUGGUAGAGGCAGGCAAUUUCAAAAGGGGUUCAUUUGAUUGUAUGGGAGGUCAGAGCUACUCUGUAAGGUGUGAGAAGUCACACAUAAGUGGCCUGGAAGUCUGGUUUCAGUAUAAACUAACUCUCUCAUUUGCCAUAUGUCUUGCUAUCCUCUUAGAUAAGGAGUCCUUUGAUAGGAACAAGCCUUGUGUUCCAAUAUCAUAUCCAAAAGAGACAUUAAUAUCUAUCCAGAGAUUAAUACUCAAGCCUCAUUUUUAUCAUAUUUAGAAUAGAACAAUCUUCAAAUCAAGCCUAAACAUGAUUUACGAACAAGGGGACACCACAGAAUCUGUUCGGUACACACGUACGAGGAGCAUAGUCACAAACGCACACUAUUCCAAGACUGUGCGUGACGUAGUUGUGGUGGUGAAAAGGGUUAAAGUUCACUAUUUGCCUACACUAGACUGGAAAUAAUCUUAAAAUCCUCCUUAACACCACCCACAUUUAAACAUAAUAGUAUAACUAUUACUAUUUUAAAAUUGCCACCACCAAGACAAUUUUCAAAUGGGUUGCCUUGGUCCCCCAGGUACAUCAAUAAUAAAAACCCACCAAAUAUUACUUAGCACAUUAUAUAUGUAAUUGCAAAAUACUGAUUAGUCUCUUCAGGUAACGUCAUUUUUUAACAGACAAAGGCAGAACUUAAUAAAUGAAUGUUAAUUAUGAGCAAAAAAUAGUCACAGUGCAUACAAAAAUGUUCUAAGACACUGUCUUAAUAAUAAAACAAAAAUGCAACUUAAAUAUAAUUUUUCAAUAAGAAUGAAUCAUAUACAUUGGCUCAUUUCUAAACACGUUUAUUGUAGUGUAAAGACACAUUACUGUGAGUAUUAUUGCUUUAGUACUCAGACACAUCAACAAUAUGGAGCGCUUCUAGAACAGAGGUAAAUUAGGAUAGAAAAGAGGGACAGAGGGAUUCAGGCACAAAGUAUGGAUUGUCCCUCCUAAAUAGGCACACUUGGGAGCUAUGGUGCAGAUACCAAAAACUGUGAAGUUAUAUGACUUUGUAUUUUUUUUUUUUUUUUAUGUGGUGUCACCAUAUUUUUUUGUGCUCUAAAAAUGUAUAUAUUGGAAGUUUGUGCAUCAACCUGAUCAGGGCGACAGUCUUUUUAAAAUAUUAGUGUGUGUAUAUAUAUAUAUAUAUCAGGGCCAGCGCGUCCAUAAGGCGGCCGCAACAGCAGGGAGGGGGGCGCAAAAAUCCAAAUCCCUGACUCCUGGCCAGAGACUUGGCUUUUUAAAAUAUUUCUGUCAGAACAAAACAGCAGCUGCUGUCCACCUGCCCAUAGAAGCCCUAUACUUGCGGUUCCAGACAGCCGUGCUGGUGCUGUGACACUCUGCUGCAGCCCAACACUCUGCUGCAGGACUUCCCUGGGGGUUUGUACUGCCCUGAAGCAGUUAAUUGGCUGCCGUUCGUCUGCAAAGCCCUGCCCCCUGACCCUCAAUCAGCCCUCACACUGUACCUCCUGUACCUCCGGACCGCAAGGGAGAGGAACAGAAGCUCCUACUCUGAAGGCUGCAGCUCCCCAUAGGUAGGAAUAGCCACAGCACACAUAGUUCUAGAUAUACAGGAAGUGAGGGAUGCCUGGUAUAGUGCUGCCAGGAAGGAGAAUUAGUAGUACUCAGGAGUUAGAUUAAAUUGGUGUACACCGUGUGCUGGGGAGCUACUGAGAGGUGGGUCACCUCUCUGAUACUGUGUAUAUCUGGGUUUGUGAAUGUGAGUGUUGUUGUCUGUGUGUCAAUGUGUAACUGUGAGUGUGUGUCUGCAUGCCUGAUUGUAAGUCUGUAUCGGAGUAUGAUUUCAUGCAUCUGUGUGUAUAUCUAUGAUUGUGUCUAUUGGAGUGUAUCUGUGAGUGUAUCUGUGAGUGUGUCUAUAGGAGUGCAUCUGUGAGUGUGUCUAUAGGAGUGUAUCUGUGAGUGUAUCUGUAAGUAUGUCUGUCUGUAGGAGUGUAUGUGUGAGUGUUCCUAUCUGUGAGUGUGUUCUGUGUGACUCUCUAUAAGGAGGGGCAGGAAAAGCUUUUAAGCGGGUGCAGAUAGUGAGCUUGGAAGGGGUUAAAGGACCACUAUAGGCACCCAGACCACAGCUUAACCCUGCCUGCUGUCAGAGAAACUACUAUGUUUAGAUAUGGGUUAAUCCAGCCUCUAGUGGCUGUCUCAUUGACAGCCGCUAGAGGCGCUUCCGCGCUUCUCACUGUGAUUUUCACUGACUGAAUGCGAGAGCGGCUCUUGCCGCGCAUGCGCAUUCAGCGGAUGACGUCGGAAGAGGGAGGAGAGUCCCCAGCGCCGAGGGAGCCCGGCGCUGGAGAAAGGUAAGUGUUUAACCCCCUUCCUCCCCCUUCAGCCCGGUGGGAGGGGAACCAGAGGGUGGGGGGGUCCCAAAGACCCUAUAGAGCCAGGAAAGCAAGUUUGUUUUCCUGGCACUAUAGUGGUCCUUUAAUUGCAUUAAUUACUUGUGGAAGAUAUGUCAUGAUGGGAAUUGGGGAGAUACAGCCACAUUUCCUGGAAAAAGGGAUACUAAUUUUAGAAAGGGAAGGGGUGAAAUUAUGGCCAAUGUCAGGACCUAUACUUGUUAAGAACUGGUGUAAUUGCCAGGAGGCUGCCAGAAACUCCUGCCACUGUGCUAAACGCCACCAUGUAGAGCCUUGUUCAUUGGUUAAGAGCUUUAGGUGAGCGUUGUUAGGCAAUGCACUGCCGGACAGGCAUAGCUUAGAUGCACUAACCAGAGUUUUCUUGCAGGACCCUCAGGUAGCAGGGGACACAGGAAUGCAUGUCUAUCAGUACGUAUGUGUGUAGUUUGCAUAGGGGGGCGGCAAAAUGCAUUUUGGCCUGUGUAGUCUAAGAUCCUUGCACCAGUCUUGAUAGAUAGAUAUCUAUCAGGGCUGGUGCAAGGAUCUUAGACUACACAGGCCAAAAUGCAUUUUAUAUAUAUAUAUAUAUAUAUAUAUAUAAAUCAGUUUUCUUUUCUGUAGUCACUUAAAUUUUAUACAGAGAUCCCAUUGAUAGAAGCUAAAGUAAUUUGGCAUUGCAGUCUGUAACAACAUUUAACUUAACGUAAAGACCCCAAUAUUCUUGUUAUGAGCCAAAGGCAAUAUUCUGUGGAAAUCUGAGUUGCAGCCGGGGUUUACCUUACGUGAACUCAUUUUUCCAUCCUGUUCCAAAAUUAUAAUGUUUUAUUUAAACAGCUGAACAGGCUGGAAGUUGGCACUUUACACCUGCUAAGCUCAAAGGGUGGAUUUUGGGAAGGAAAACCUCAAUUUCAUCACAGAUGUCAGUGUCAAAUAGCCAAAACGAACAAAUCACAAUAUAUUUUUACUGUCUGACUUCAUAGAUACAUGUAAAAUCGCAUGCAUCGAGAUAAUGAGGUGCAUUGUAGCAGAUGCAUGCAAGCAUGUGUUGUGAAUUAAUGUUGUUUUUCAUCGUUACAUUUUAAAGGAUUAUUCUAUUGGCUAAGAUUCAUCAAUACACACAUGACACGGGAAUGGAUGCCAGAUUCGACCCCCAGAUGUCUAAUGUUUUAUUAAUUUCAAAAACGUACGAUCUGAAUUCAUAUGGACACUGUGCAAUAUGUAUGGAGAAAAAAAAAGAGGGAGAAAAAGGUUCGGUAGAAAAUUAUAUUUAUGGUAGAGCUUACAUUACUUAACUUAGGAGUUAUUAAAUAAAGCUUCCCGAUGGAAAAAUGAUGACACCAAAUUGCUGAAAGGAAAACGUGGCUUUUUCAACUGAUUGUGUCCUUGAUUUGCAUCAUUAAAGUUAAUCUGUCAAGCAAACGGUGAAUGGCAUACUUUUUUUGUAGGGAAUAAAACAACGAAUACAUUAUGCCUGCCAAAUUGCUAAGAAAAUUGCUAGCAAGUGUUGACCCUUGGCUGUUGAAAAGAAAACAUGACUUUUAGCUUGGCAGGCCUGCCAUCCCCUUUGUGACAUUAUUAACUUGUCCUCAAAAUGUAAAAUUAUAUAAUUUUUUACUGUAAAAUGCCAUUAUGUCACAAUUUACCUUUUCUUUUCCCUAGAAGGCGCCUUUUAAAACUUGCCCUGUUUAAUGUGCUUUUGGAAAUAAGCCUCCAAGUAAAGAGGGGAUCCAAGUGACCCCAUUGCAGUUUUACGUUUUAUUUUUUACAAUGUGCCUACUGGCUGCUGGCUUUAUUGUUUGAAGGAACACUAUACAAAGCUGUAUUCCUAACACUAAAGUGUUCCUCUAACUCCCCCUCCUUUGUGUGCCCCGUAUUACUAAAAGGGUUGAUUAACCCUUUCUUCCACUCACCUCAGCGCUGGCUCAGCCUCCUCCAACGUCCAGCGUGGGCACCUAAUGAUCAUGCGCAGCAUUAUGUUAAUACAUUUAAGACCAUUGAACUUGUUGAAUUUUCAGGAAACACAACCUGGCUGAUCUGAGCAAGACACCGACCUAACUUGUCAAUCAAUGUGGUUGUAGUCAGAAUUCUUUUUAUGCAGGUUCUCUUACUGUAUGGCUUUAAAUGUUGCCUUUUCUCCUAGAGUAAAUUCAUCACAUGCUUCAACAGGCAGAUAUUGGCCCUUUAACAACACAUAAAUUCCUACAUAUGCCUGGAAAGUGUAUAUGUCCAGACAUUAGCUGAUCAGUUCAUCCAAGAAAUAGUUGUUUUACUUUUCAGUGCUAUGAAAUAUUGAAAUUCAUAUAAGCACUUUUAAAGUUUAUAAGUUCCUGUCUGUUUAAUUGUAACCACUUCCUUUUUUACUUGUCUUUUUAGCACUUAGCCAUAUGUGUAGAUGUGGCAGUCUCGCAGUCUCUGGUUUUAACCCCUCUGCUAUGUUUGGCUCCCCUCUGGCAGUCAACAUUUUAAAGACAAUUUGCCAGCACCUUGGAAUGCACUGCAUGCAUCCCUCUGGCCUGCCAGGGGUUAAUCAAAGACAACAACUCUUCUUAAAACACAGACAAAACAAGGUGUAGUCACUUAGUGCUAUAGUCUGGGCUUGUUCUGCAGUCUUUACCCUUGCCCUCCUAAAUUGCAGCUGUCAUGGUUUGCUGAGGUUAAGAGACUUAUUUUUUGUUUAAAAAAAAUAUUAUCAAUAUGCCAAAAGGAAAAUGUGUUUCGAUUGAAAAAAAAAUUUUUUUUUUCAUUCUUUCUUAUAACUAGGCUUUGUCGCACUCCUGACUUCUAACAAAGGAAGAGUCCACGUGACAAAGGAUGUGUAAGGAGAACAAGAGAAAAUGGCUUUCAGUGAAAUUGUAAUUCUUGAUCUUAAAGGGAGGCUGCAGUGGGGGGAAAUUGAAUGGGGGCUUAUUCACUAAACACCACUGGCUUAUUCACUAAAUCACUCCUGGAACUUAAGUAUUUUGGCCUAAUUUGAUCAACUUGCUGUGUGCCAGAAAACAAUUUAAUAAAUUAAGUUCUGGGAUUUUAUUUAACUCCUUUUUGACAGACGAUGCCUGGACAAUCAUGAUACCAUACAACCUCUUAGCCCCUUGCCCCGAGAGUUUAAGGAGCAAACUUGUGCGAAGUGCAUCAAGAAUAUAAGAAAUAAAGAAUAUAAAACGUAAAACAUCAGAGAAUAAAUAAAUAUUGUAAAUAUAAUGAUUAUAAUAAUUAUAUAUAUAAAUAAAUAUUAUAGCAAACAAGGAAAAGCGCUCUCUGGAAUUUUUAAAUCAAACUUUCCUUCAGUGCUUUAUUAUUUCAAAAACAGAUCAUCACAAUCAACGUUUCAGUCUCAACAGGAGUUGAGUAAUGUCAAUCAAAAAAUAAUGCGUUUAUGGUCAUAAUAGUCAAAAUGAUAAAAAUUUAAGGCUGGAUAAUUGCCGAAACAGAAACUAUCUCAAGCAUAGAUAUUUUUCCAUCCCCUUGGAAAGUGAUAUAAUUAGAACUUUAAAUUAUUUAGAAGAUAUUUCAAACUACAAAUUUUAUACGUAGCCGAAGCUGCUGCGUUCUCCUGUAUCUCACUUCAUGUAAAUACACUAAAAAACUUCAGUAAACAGAAAGCAAGUGUUUUUUUUUUUUUAAAGGUUUUCAAGUUUGUUUUGUUUUUUAUUUUUCCAGCUCAGCCGUUUUCUUUCUGAAGUUUUUAAAUUCAGCAAACAAAACUCCUAAUGACACCGGAUCAAGGUUCAUACAAGCUUUUCCAGAGCCUUAAUCACAUAUGCAGGGCCGGACUGGGAAAAAAAUUAGGCCCGGGCAUUUUUCAAUUAGAGCGGCCCCCCAAGAAGGGGGCGGGGCCAGAGAGGGUGUGUUUUGUCAUCACUAAUGACAACACGCCCCCUCUCAAAGUGAGAAUGUUGGUUCAAUGCGCAGAGCCCCGCUGAAGAGCUCUAGCAUUAGAAAAAGGCCCUGAAUUUGUUCUGCGCAGCGCAAGCAAAUGUAAUAACAUGCUUGCGCUGUGUUAGCUUUUAAAUUGUCUCUGGUGUCUCCACAAGUGGGAUACCAGAGGACAAAAGGGCCAGGAACGUGUAUGGUGCAUGUGUUUGGCGCAUGCUUGUGGGAUUGCGUGUGUGUAGAGUGUGGUGUGGUAUUGUGUAAAUAGGUCAAUUUUGUGGUGUAAUAUGUGGCUAGGGGUUGUAGAGAGUGCGUGUAUAGGGGCAUAGUGUUAUAGGGGAUGUAGCGAGUGUGUACAUACGGGCAGUAGUGUGUGUGUAUAGGUGACGUAGCGUGUGUAGGGGUUGUAGAGAGGGUGUGUUUAGAGAAUGUUGUAUGUGUUUGCUUACAAGGAAUGUAGUGUGUGUGUAGGUGGUGCAGCGUGUGUGUAAAGGACCCAGAGUGUGUAUAGAAGAUUGUGUGUGUGUGUAUGUGUAGAGGAUUAAGAGUGCAUAUAGGGUAAGGGAUCUAGCGUGUAUCUGGAGUGUAAUAUGUGUAGUGGUGCAGUGGGUGGGGUGCAGUAGUGAGUGUGUGUAUAUAUAUUUAGAAUAUAUUUGGACGUAUUGAAUGUGUGAGGUGCGCAGUGUGUUUGUGUAAGAGGGGUGCUGUGUGUGAGGGUGUUUUUAUCUGCCGUCACAUUCUAGGUUUCUAAUUUUCUUUGUCUGUUAACUCACUGAGGGUUAUUUUAUAUAUAUAUAUAUAUAUAUAUAUAUAUGUGUGUGUGUGUGGUUGUGAGGGUGCUGUCGUCUGAGGGUGCUGUCUGCGCCUGAGGGUGCUGUGUGUGUCAGGGGUGUGUGUGUCUGGGGGUGCUGUGGGUCUGGGGGUGCUGUGUCUGGGGGUGCUGGGUUUCUGGGGGUGCUGUGGGUGUCUGGGGUGUGCUGUGUGUGUCUGGGGAUGCUGUGUGUGUUGGGGGGUGCUGUGUGUGUCUGGGGGGGUGUGCUGUGUGUGUCUGGGGUGUGUGUGUGUCUGGGGGUGGUGUGUGUGUGUGUCUGGGGGGUGCUGUUUGUGUGUGUGUGUCUGGGGUGCUGUGGGUGUCUGGGGGUGCUGUGUGGGUGUCUGGGGUGUGCUGUGUGUGUGUCUGGGGGUGCUGUGGGUGUCUCGGGGUGCUGUGUGGGUGUCUGGGGUGCUGUGGGUGUCUCGGGGGGGUGUGUGGGUGUCUGGGGUGUGCUGUGUGUGUAAGGGGUGCUGUGUGUGUGUCUGGGGGUGCUGUGGGUGUCUGGGGUGCUGUUUGUGUCUGGGGGGUGCUGUGGGUGUCUCGGGGGUGCUGUGUGGGUGUCUGGGGUGUGCUGUGUGUGUAAGGGGGGUGCUGUGUGUGUGUCUGGGGGGUGCUGUGUGUGUCUGGGGUGUGCUGUGUGUGUCUGGGGUGUGCUGUGUGUGUGAGGGGGCUAUUAGGGAAUUUAUUUUAAAUAAUUUUUUUUUAUUUAUUAAUAUAAAAAAUUAAAAAAAGUUAUGUGUUUCCCCCUCCCCUCCCUUUUUACCUUUAUCCUGGGAGGGGGGGAGGAGAUCCGUUCUCGCAUGCUUCCCUGGUGGUCCAGUGGUGAGAGUGAACUCUAACCUGCGGGUUAGAGUUCACUCUCGCGAGAGCUGAGCGUUGCCGCGGCAACGCUCAGAAUCCCGCGAGAGGACCCGGCGGAGCUGCUUGUUAGAGCUCCGCCGGGUCCUCCCUCCCUCCCUCACCCAGCCGGCGGCCGCAUCUCCAUUCUUGUGGGCCGGUGAGGGAGAUCUCUGAUCUCCCCACCGGCCCGUGGAGACACACAGCGGGGCCGGCGCUCGGAUAGCGCUGGCCCUGCACGGGCUGGCAGGGGAGAUCCUGUGAUCUCCCUGCCGGCCUCGGCCCCACGGCCAUCGCGGCCCACCGGGCAUUUGCCCGGUAUGCCCGAUGGCCAGUCCGGGCCUGCACAUAUGACUCAGUGAAAAAUAUCUUUAAGCCUUAGGAUGUCCUUAGCAGGUUUUGUUUGAAAGCGUUUGACUAAGCAAAUAAGCUUGUUGAAAUGUCUAACUGUGAAUUAAUAUUUUUGUGUUUUUUGGACUGACCCCCCUUUUGGAUGUAUUCUGGUAUGACAGUCUUGUAAGGAGCUUACAAGUAAAAAUACUGACAAGAUAAAUUAAUAGGUUCGUUCAACGCAUAUUGUUCCUAAAAUGACCCUUGAUUUAGGCUCUGCCUAUGUGUCAAUAGUGUUAUAAAUAUUAUAAAAUAGCAAAACCCUAUACAGACAUUAUACAUGUGAAUACAAAAAUUGCAAUUAUUAUUUUUUAUUUUUUUUAAAAAUAAUUUCAGCAGUGCUUUAGUUAUACAGAGGACUUUUUUUUUUUUAACAAUACGUAAUUGACAGAGAUACAUAUUGUUGACAGACACAAGAGGUUAAGAAGGUCCUCCUCAUGUGAGCUAACAAUCUUUCAGGGUUGUUGACUAAAUUGAGAAUUGUUGGAAAUUAAAACAUAUUUCACACCAAAGUAGCCAAACUGCAAAAUUCCUUCAACUCGGCUCUUUCACAGGUCGCUAAUUAGGCCUACACUUUUUGGAAUUCUUUAGGUGAAUUCCUAACCAUUCCUGAUGUAGUGUGCAACCUUGCUUAUAUAGUCAUCUUUUAUCUCUGUCAGGUUACCAUCUCCUGGUGACACCAUGAGCUUAUUGGCAAAAAUGUAAGUCAGUCACAUAAAAUGUUUUUUUAAAAUCCUUUUACACUGACUGCAGUGCAGGGAAACAGCAAGCCGAAUGCUAGGGUUUGAAGAAGAGUUGUUUAAAUCAUUCAGGACCACAUGAUGUCAUGACUGACCCUGACACAUCCAUCAAAAGGUAGUUAUACUGAUGGCUCAGAGUAUGCAAUAUCCUAAAUGUUAUUGUCAUGAAGUCACCUACCAUGUGCGAGAAUAGCCUCACUCCUGAAUACCUCCCCAAUGACACCACUAAAAGGAAAGCAUCCUUCUUUAACUUGGCUAACAUAUUGUUAAAACACCCACUUCUGAACAGGGAAAGUACUGUAUAGCUAAGCUUUGAAUGAUAUUACACUUACAGACUGCAUAGAAUACAAUAUAGCAUGUGUACAGUUAUGCCUCUUUCACAGAGCAGUUCGGUUCGGUACGCUAUUUUGAGUGUUUCCAUUAUUAAAGUGGCCCAUACAACCGAACCGUACCGCACCAUUCAUGGUCCUCCUUCAGAUGUAGGGCCAUAGGAAAUGGUACGGUAUGGUUAGGGCGGAGCUACUAGCAUCACACUAUACAAUCCAUUGAUUGGCGAACAGGAAAACGUCAAUGCUCACGACAAAUUACACGCUAUACAUUUUUUCUAAACCCCGCAUGGCCCCUGGCGGUCCCACUUGCAGACCGGAAAACACUCACCUGAAUAGGCUGGACCAUUCUAAACCUUCCAAACUGUAUGGACCCGAACCGUUCCGCUCAGUGGAAACGAGACAUUAGUAAUAUAUACGCAGUCAGAUAAUAAAAAUGACCAAAAAAAGCAGAAUUGAACAACCACAACUGAAUAAAUUAUGCAAUGUAUACUAGGUGGGAUCCAAGUGUAGUUGCUCGAUGCAUUUUAUGUUUGGCAUUGCGUGUAUUAGAAAAUGAUAUCAUAUCUCAAACGUUGUCAGACAUCAUAAGCAUUUUAGUCACAGGGGACAAUAUUCCAUCCUAAUUUGAUAAUACUGGAGCCAACCAAAUGGUGCUUUUCUCCCCAGCACAAUAUAACUGGAAUUCAUUCUUGAACACAGGUGUUUGAAUAAAAAUAUUACUCAGUUCUGACAUUUUAGGGUUUCCAUGGGGGCUGAUAAUGGAACCAUAUGCUAACCAUCCUUCAAUUUGUGAAUCAGUCUAUGAAUCUUUGAAAGUUGCUAUUUGAGGGUUAACAUUUUGAAGAAUUUCAAGGUCAAAUCGUUUUGAAAGUUUUCCCCUUUUUGGCUUAAAUGUUGUACACAGAAUUACAUAUAAGAGUACUGUAUUUUUCUUUAAAAAAAAAAAAAAAUGAUUCUGAAAGACAUGAAUAUGCAUUAUUUUGUGCAGGCUUUGUGAAUCGUUCGCUUUUCUAAUUAGUAAGCCAGCUGUUAUCUGUAGUGCUAUAAAAGAACCCACACAUAAAUAUGAUGUGUAUUUGAAAAAAGAUCCUUUGGUUCUUGUAGUUUAGCGGCCAUCUGAUACCUGUGCAUGUGGCAUCUAUUAGAAAUGCUGCAACCAGCCUUUCAUUUUCUUUAUGUAUGGGCUGUUUGUCCCAAGCUCAGGAUUAUAUCUUCUGCUACCAGCUUGAGUUUUAACUCUGAAAAUUCUUCCAGUUUCACACAAGCAAUAUUACUCAGUUUUCCUCUAAAUAUUCAUAAUUCAUAGACCCUUAAGCCAAAUACUUUAAACAAACACUUUAAUUAAAUAUAUAUUUUUCAUAGUUAGAUGUGUUCCAUUACUAGGUCAGAUUACUAGGCUCCCUUUUUAUUACAAAAAAUAAAUAAAAUGUAAUUCAAUUUACGUUUAUCCCAGCUCUGAGCCAGACUCCUAACUGCGGCUCGAUCCUUGUUCUGUGAAGUCAUCAAACUUGUCCAAUCAAAUGCUUCCCAUAGAGGAGCAUGGUAGAUAAUGAUAAACGUCACAUGCGCUGCAAUCGCCCCAUUCAGCCAAUCCAGUGAUUCUCUAUGAGAUGCAUAGAAUCCAAUAGUUUACAUAGAGAAGCACUGGACGUACAUCCAGUGUCCGAUAUCAGUAUACUUUGCAUGUUGACAGAACUUGACGAGAUUGAGUUAUUGAAUCUGUUUUACACCUUAUCCUCCAGUGCACUGUUUAACAGCAAGGCUGCACUGACAGCAUCUAUGCCCCAAAUUAACUUCAAUAAGAUAAAGUGUGGCUGAUAUUUGGACUUUACUGAGAGGGUAGUGGAUGCAUGGAAUAGCCUUCCAGCUGAAGUGGUAGAGGUUAACACAGUAAAGGAGUUUAAGCAUGUGUGGGAUAGGCAUAAGGCUAUCCUAACUAUAUGAUAAGGCUAGGGACUAAUGAAAAUAUUUAGAAAAUUGGGCAGACUAGAUGGGCCGAAUGGUUUUUAUCUGCCGUCACAUUCUAUGUUUCUAUCCCUUUACGGGAAAAGGAGGGGGAGGGAAAGUUUAGAGGGAGCUUCUACUUUCCCUUGAUUAUGUCUGGUCUUAAUUUGACAACGUAAGCAAAAAAUAAAACUAUUUCCGCCUUUAUUGAUCCUUAUUUGUCCCUGAUUGAUGAAUACAGUAAGCUCAGCUUGUCAACAAUGGAUUAUUGGGAAACUCCUAAAGCCAGAGGGCAUGAAAAGGUUAAUGCAAACCAGAUGUCUGAUUUGAAUGUCUGUAUCUCUGCAGGGUAGCUAGUGACCUGGUGUGGGAAAACCUCAGUAACUCAAGCUACUGUUCGCAUAAUCAACCUUAAGACUGGCUGAGCCUAAUAUGAUUUGUAAUCCACAGCAGCCUCCCAGUUCUUCUCGUUUUAAAGAAUCAUGUUUUAUUUAAGUCACCACCUGCUUAGUUUUUCUAUAAACAGAAACUAAAUUCUGGAAGCAUGUGUUUAUAAUGGUUUAGGAUGGAACAAUUCUCAGAAGCGGUGUAUGGUUCCAAAAAAGACCCUACCGAAAAAAGCACAUUAAUUCUCCCUGAAAUGGCAAGAAGCUGUUAUAAUGCUAUAUGUAUGUGCACAACGAAGUUAUAGAGGUUUAAAGAGAUAGUAAGCCCUUUUGUUUACUGUAUUUUCAUGGAGAAUUUGCCAUCUCUGCAUUAAAACAGGUUAAAGGUUUCUAUCUUUGAAAUUGUUAAAGGCACAUUUUAUGUCCCACUCUCAGUAUCCUGUCUCUAUUGAAAGUGUAGCGAUUGGAAAUCACUGUAUAUCUAUCCUAAUGCACUUUGAAUCGACACACAUAGAUUAAAUAUAGUCAGACAUUCUUCUUUACUUUCAAUUACCCAUGAAAGUGGUCAUCUGCGCUCCAUCUGAAUACAUACAGAGCGUACAGUGCCAGAGUGCGUUUGUUUGUUGCCCCAGUUCCAAAAUAGAAUGAAGGCCUGUCGGAGUUUUUCUUGUAAAAAUAAAAAUAAAAACUAUUAUGUUCUAUGUGGCAUUUCACAGUUUGUGGUGCUGUGGCUUUGGUGGACUGUGAAAUAGAGCUGAGCUAUAGCAUAGUCAAAAUGAUUUUUGUGAGCGGUCAGAUAGGAAAUGUGUCUUGUGCUUGUGUGAGACCCACAAUCUGCAGUUCCAGACACCUGCCUGUGGCUGUGGAUCAGACGGCAUGAUGCUAUUAAGCCGGGUGUGUGCAUGGUGGGUGGAUAAGGAAUUUGAACAAUUGCCUUUUAUAAGAGACAAGUGAGCGGAACACAAUAUUGGUGAAAAAUGGUGUGCAUUCAUUAAAAUAAUAAUUUAUAGGCCACGGUUAUACUCCUGUUCUGUUUCCACUCAGAAUGAAAUUAUAUAGAUAAGAACAGGGCUGUCGUCAUAAUUCUUAGGGACAUGUAUAAAUCCACCAGUAAGGAAUCGUUCCCUAGCAAACACUCACAGACACUCAGACAGAGGAUCCCAGACACACACCCAUAUGCAUUCCAGACACACUCGAGGGAAAAAUAUAUAUAUACGUAGACACUCACUGCAAGAAAUGCAUUCACACACACACACACACACACACAUAAACUGCCAGGCAGAAAGACACAUAAUGUCAGUAACACAUACACAGGAUACCAUACAAACACACACAUAUAAACUGUUACACACAGUGUCACACACACACACAGCCAUGAACACACAUACAUUGCUAGACACACAAUGCCAGAAACACACACACACACACAGCCAUGAACACACACAAUGCCAGAAACACACACACACACACAAAUACACAGCCAUGAACACACACACAUUGCUAGACACACAGUGCCAGAAACACAUACACACACAUACACACAACUAGACUUGUACACGCUGUAAAAAGAUCACUCAAAUGUAUUAUCAGCUCCUGUGCAGACAGGCUGCUCUCUGCUCAAAUACUUGUUUUCCUUCAAGCACAUCCUUUUCCUGCAUUCGACAGUCUGCUUGGAAGCGAGGCAUAGUGUUGCAGCCCUGACAUUGAGAUAAUGGGUUUUCUUUUUCUCAGAGCAUGGUGUAAAGUCAUCCCUCGCUCCAUGCAUACUUAUAGACCAAUGCACAAUGGUAUAACCAACUACUACUCUCAAUACCCCAGCUCUUCAGCACUGCAAGGCCCAGCUCAUGAUCAGGAGCUUCUAGCUCUCAUCACAGGAAGAAGAGAGGCAGGAAGCAGUGCACAGGGAACCAGAGAUAAAAAGUCAAACGGCUAGCAAAAGGAAGCGGCACUCCUGACACCAUAAUGACAACAGCUUGCUGCAGUGGUUAUGGUGCUUGGAGUAUUCCUUUAACUAUGCUCCCCCUGCUGUCAAAUCUGACAAACACACUCACUCACGUAUGAUAUGUUAUACUGCCCUGUGUCAUUGCUCUAACUACAUACAUGUGCUACAGCUCUGCCUGAUGCCCUGCAUGACAAAAACAUUCGUACAUGAAUGUCAAUUAUGUGCCUUGUAUUAUUCAAGCACAAGGUGGGAAACACGAGCAAUAUGCGUGGUGUGCAUGCGGGGAAAUGCACACACGUCUCUAUGCAGAAUGCACGUAUACCCAUUUGAUUGCAUCACUAUAGUACAGCAGAGACACUAAAAGCCUGGGCAGGUGUCCUGCCUGCCUGUCUAAUGGUUUCAGCUCCUUCACUCAGGGGUCCUUUACAGAUCUCAUGCACAGCGUUAAUUUGAAAGCUGGGAGGUAUGCAAACAUUUUCAAAGGACACAGGGAAGGAAUGAGGGAUUUGGCUGCAAAUGACGAAGGAAAAUAACAUCAAGAGCCAUAAGCAUCCCCCUCCCUCCUGAGUAAAUCAGUGUGGUCCUGCAGCUUCUGGUAUUCCCAUUAUUAUGGAAAUGGGUCUAUGCUGUUGUCCAAUAUAGCUUCAUUUAGCCAACCUAGACAGGGAAUCCAGUGGCUGUGGUGCUGGCGGGCAUCCAAUGAUAUGCUUGUAUUCAGCAAGGAAGCAGAAUUGGCGUGAAACCAGCAGUUUCAUGUUAUUCAGCUUUCAUCUACUUUGAGCAAGACAAAUCAAUUGCUGUGUUUUAUUUAUCGAUGGCAAGCUCUAAGGAGAGCCUGAAUUUAUUUAUUUUAUUUCAGCGAAUCUAAACUGUAUUUCUGGCCGGGCCACAGCGUUAUGCUGGGGCUUUGCUGAUAAACGGUACAAUGCACACUAUUUUAAACAUGGCGCUCCAUGCUCUAACUAGCCGAAUACUGACAGAUUGCUAGUCACGUGCCAGAAGUAUUUAUAGAAUCCGUCAGAUAUAUAGCUAAAUGGCUUGCUGACAGAUGAUUCUUACUUAUGGAAACCACAGCCUGGGACUCGAAAAUCAGACAGUGCUUGGUGUUUGCUUUUUGUGGGUUAUAUAUAUAUAUAUAUAUAUACAUAUAUAUUUUUUUCUCUCAGCUGAAUUUCCCCUCAGAAAGGAAGGGUCCCCACCCUAGUCAGUAUUCACCCUUCCCCCUUUGCAGCAAUUCUCACUGUCCCAUCUGUCUGUCUAGUCCUUACUGCCACAGCUAAGCAAAAGAAACAGUAAUUUAGUGAAGAGGGAGGGCCCGCUCUAGGAUGAUUUGUUUGUAUUAGCCAGCCACACAUCACACUGAGCCUGAACCCAUUCAGCAGGUUAUGCCAAUACACUAUUUUUAGCUUUUCCUUAACUAUCCCCUAAAAAAAUAUCUGUUGUGAUUCUCCAUAUGGGCAGCUGCAACCUUGCCGCAUCUGUUGGACUGGAACUCUUAUGAACUUCAGGCAACAUUGAAGAAAAAAAAUUGCUACAGUUACUCGCACUACCCUAUCUGUUCACUCUUGAGGAGUCAGAUAAUGUAGGCUUUGCUCUAAAAUGUACAAUUAACAAAGACUUUGUACAAAUGUAAAUGGUUCUCUUUGUGUAAUUGUUUUCAUGUAACAUACCUCCCAACCAUCCUGAUUCCGGCGGAACAGUCACGAUUUUUCGAGAGAGAGCUUCAGCAGCUAUGAAGUUGGAAUUCAGCCAAACAGGCUAAUAGUCAGACUGGCAUGCUUGGUGCCAGGCUGGUACACCCCUUUCAGUGGGUGGGAUGGCUAAUUUUCCGGACAGGCCUACCACUUAUGGCCAUCAACAGUGACACCCCCUUAUAGUCCGCCCACUCGUCCCGACCUGCAUACCCUCCAUUAUUGGGAGGCAUGCUGAAUAAAGCACGGCAGUAACAAAAAAUAGCACACCUUCCAUGGGAUCAUAACUCCCAUUAAGUUCAGACACACCCGAUGUUAAAGAAACUCUGAUAUCAUGUAAAUCAUUUAAAAGAUUCAUAGUCGUGAUGUGUGUAUCAUGGAAUUAUAAAGUGGUUCUGUAGACGGUCAUUAUUUAAUCCUGUAACCGAGUAAACUUGCAGAAGCCAGACACAGAGAGAUAGAUGCAGAUUUUCAGGAAGUAAGAAUUCUUUAUUUACAUACCGAUCGGGCCUCAGAUGAACUAACGUUCCAAAACAGAUCUGAGGGGUGAACACAUGGAGUACAAGCUUUUUAUAGAACUAUAACUCCUCCCAUUAAUAGCUCCACCUGCACAUACCCUUAACCAAUCAGUGGACAGGAUUUGGAUUUCCUCAUAUGGGCAGACCACAUGGCUCAUCCGAAACAUAGGAGAAAGGAGUGUGAUUUCAGUUCCUGCAUUCCUGCACAUGCUCAGUACAUUGAUGACAGUAUCUUAGCUACGUGUAACUAACUGAUACAACAUACACAUAUGCCACGUGGAAAUCUUGGCCUACUAAAUUUACAUUUCACCGAAAUUCCAUCACAAUCCCCCUUCAGCUUUGUGAUUUAUUAUGAUAUUAAAAUACACCCCCAUAGUAUAAUAAAAUAAAUCCCACAGUGAAAUAAAUACUAGCCAUUGGCAAGUGAGAAUUCAGCCUUGCCGAGUAGAAAUUCACCUCUGGACUGUAGUAGAGAGUGACUUUCAGACCUGUUAAUUAGUGUAGGAGUUACCGUUUUCAGCCCUGUAUAUGAACAUGUGUUACAUCUAUGUGGUUUGACGUCAUUACAGCAGGUGCUCUCUGCAUUCUCUCUGCCUCCAUACCAUAACUAUCUUUCAGAUGGUGUGAAACUUUGUGAUCACAAAUGACACUCUUCUUUUUUUUAGUAUAGACUUUUUUUUUAUUGUCCCAUAUGUUCCCCUGUGCUCUGGUAGUUAUUUUUUUGUCUUACUAUCAACCAUCCCAUAAAUUAAGUUACCAUUUUAUGCAUCAUUUUCUUGCUCACAUUGCAUAAUUUGAUUUUGCUUUGUUUUUUAUCGUUGACUUUCUAUAAAAAAAAAAAAAUGCACUUAUAAUUUGGGGAAAACACCAUUCACCAUACAACUUCUUUAUGAUGUUUACUUUCUCAACAUCAGCCUCUCUUGGUUCUACAUUCUUCCUCUACCGCUGCAGUUAGAAACACUUUAGUCUACUUACUUAACAGCAAUCCGGUGAAUUGAAAACUAAAUUGCAAUUUCAAAACCAAAGUAACUGAUCUGUAAAAAUUCUAAAAUUUGAGUUUCUUUCUAACCUGUUUAUUGUGGUGUAAAAUGUUGUAAUUCCCUUACCCAUUGCUCCUAGUUUAGUAAAUAAGCCCAUUAUAUAGUACUGUUAAUUAGUGCUACCGUGAAUCCUCCUUGCCCAACAUUUCCCAUAACCCUUGGCAGGUCUUAAUGUGUUGCACAGAGCAGAUUUUGAUACACUUUGUGAAAGAAAAUCUAUGAGCCCUAUUUAACUGUUAAGGUGUGUCAGAAAAAAAACAAAAACAACUUUUGAUACUGAAACCACAUCCUUUUUUGCGAGAAGGCAAGGUCAUAUAGUAUCGGAAAUUAUGCAAGAUGUUUUUAGGCACAUCAUCUGGCACUAAACGUUUAUACCACAAACUCUGCUUUCCUGGCAUUUUACCCAUGUUUACAUGUGUAAUUGAAAAGAAGCAGAUAGUUAUUACCCAAAGCUGCGUGAAGUAUUUACCUAGGUCUUAUUGGUGUUUUGAUUAGAAGUUCAGUCAAUUUGAUUAGAAAAAAAAAAAAUAUUUCAGAAUAACAUGCGCAGUCAGCAGACCAGAAUGUUUGCUAAAGGAACAUUGACACUUACUUGUGGCAAGAUGCGGAAUUUUUAUCGAAAAAUGAUUAAAUACUAAUGUGUGUGCGAACUGCCUAAACCACUUGAAGGUGAUAAUAAAAUGUUUAAUUUGCAAAAAAUAUUUUUUGGAAGGGAUCUUAAAGAAAAAAAAAAAAGAAAGUUAUAUAGUUAUAUCUAUAUAUUUUUUGUCAUAUAUUUUAUCUAUAGACACAUUAAUUUUAGAAACGUCUCUUUCUAACGUCUCAGUCUGCUAGUAAUUGCUGUAAGCUUAAUAUGCCAGAGAGUCGUUUUGUGGUUUAACUGUAAAAGCUUUAUUUGAGGAGGUUAAAGGGCAGGUUUUGUUUUUUUCAACAAAAUAUCACUUGGUGAUUGUACAAAUUAUUCAUAAAUAGUGUAAUCUCUAAACUUGUACCAUUGAACUAAUAAAAAGCUCAGUUAUUUUCAUUGAGACACCUGUACACUAAUAUGGAUGCUCUCACAAUUCUGGCUGUGGGAUAUAUGAUGAAAACUUUGAUAUUUGUUAGGCCCCUGUGGAAAGUCCUAUUUUUUGGGCUGAUGUACUAGGUAGUGUCCACUCAUUCUACCCACCAAGUCCAUAGUCAGUGUAGGAUUAUCAAAACGGGAUGACUUUGGCUGUCAGUGUAACAAAAAGUAGAAGGUGUGGUUAUCUCUAUCUUAGACAUGGUCCAGGUUUUUUAGAUAGAUACUUAUUAUAUUGGAGAUGAUACAGUAAUUCCAUUUCUGGCCUGUAGGUGGCAUAUGUGCCCUUAAACAGAGCUUUAAUGUGCUCCUUUUUUAUCGUGAUUUUUUGUUUGUUUUUACCUCAGAUAUUGGGAUAUUGGGACACAGUUAUAUAUUAUUGGAUUGGACAUUGGAUUUUUACUAAGAAAUCUUGUGGAGAACAUAGAUUUCACGAUGUGUGCCAAAUUACAAUUUUUUUGUAGGAUGCAGGAGCCUCUAAUUGCUCAGUUUAUAUGUAUGUGUGUGUACAUAUAUACACACACUUUCACUGUAUCAAUAUUUGAGGCAACUUUACACAGCGUGAGAAGCAAUUUACAGCAAUACUCGAAGCCUCUUAACCACCUUAACCUCUUGCAUAUAGGAUGGUGCACAAAGCUCCCCUAUCCUUGUCUUCCUGCUCCCUACGGUUUUUUAUAAAACUCUGGAAAGUGGCUAUUCUUCAAUAAUUUAACUUAAGGAAUAAUGUGCAAAGAGCAGCUAGGGCGUGGGUAGGCAACUUCUGGCACUCCAGACAUUGGACUACAUCUAUCAUGCUCUUCCAGUCAUAAUUCUGUCAACGUAUCGGGGGAGAUGUAGUCCACAACAUCUGGACCAUCGAAGGUUGCCUACCCCGAGCCAGGGAAAAGAUGCUUUCUGUCUGUCACUCCAAAUGCUGUGAAUAACUCUAUUUAUGCUCACCCUGGCACUAAGUAUAAAGACCAUUUUUAGUUUGUUUGACAUAAAAAGCUUCCUAGAAGUCCAGCUUCCAACACCCUCAGUCCUCCUAUCCUGCCUAAUGAGCUGUAGACCAGGGGUUCCCAAUCCAGUCCUCAAGUACCCCCUACCGGUCCAGGAUUUAGGGAUUGCCCUGUUGUGUCUAAAGUGUUUUUUUUAUUUCUUUUGUCUAAGAACACCACUUAAACACAACUGGGCAAUCCCUAAAUCUUGGACUGUUAGGGGGUACUUGAGGACUGUGUUGGAAACUACUGCUCUAGAGGAAUAGCACUAUCUCCCCCAAAUACUAAUCUCAAAAUGUACUGGAGUAAAAAAAAUUUGAGGAGGGGGAUAUUUAAGUAGGCAGCGUCUAUAUCGUAUUAAAAAACUGGCAGGGUUAUUUAUUAAAAGUGAGAAUUGUCACCAAUUCAAAGUGAAUUUCAAAUGUAAGUACAAAAUAGAAAACUGGAUACAUUUACCAAGUGAACUAUGCUUCACGUUCUGCCACUUUGGUGUUAAAAAAUUCCAUACAAUUCCUACUUCAGCAAAUAACCGGCCUUGUGGAGCUAUUUUCUAAAUGAAAAAAAAUUGUGGAGAACAGGAAAGGACAUUGUACAGUAGCUAAACUGGAUAAGCAAUGUUGGAGAUUCCUAUAAUUCAUCUAUUUCAGGCUAAAGUAUUACAUUCAUAUUUAAUUAUCUAUGGAUUCUCUAUAUUGAAAACGUAUUGAAUAACACCGUAGAUACUGGGGUAAACGUUACUGCUCAGAGAAAUGUAUUUAUGGUGCAAAUUGUAGAGUAAAAUAAGGUUGACUCUGUGUAUUUCUAAUAAAGUGCGACAGUCUCAUUUUUCUUAUACAAUUUUCUUUCUUUGUUUCGCAAUGAAACUUUGCUCCUGAACCUAUCCUUCAGGUGUAUUGUCCUAAUUCCCGCGGCACAGGGUAUCUAAUGACCUGCUCGCUCUGUGAGGCCGAGAGGUCAGUUCCCCGGUGUCCCUGGGACAGGACCCCAAAACCGGGAGCCCUGUAGCCUUAUUCCAAGUUUUAUUUGAUCUCUCCCUUCCCUUCUUUCAAUUUACCUUUUUAGUUGUAAAGAAAUAUCUCUGCUAGAGCCCUCUGCAGCUCACACUGUUAGUUCAGCUGACUAGUCAAAUGGGAAACUCUCUGCAAAAAUGAUCAAGCCUUUUCCCCACUGCAGUAUAUUGCAAACAGAAUGUCACCAAACACAUAGCGGCAUGUUGUAUUUUGGCUCUGUAUAACAUGUUAAAUGAGGGAUUAGUUACUGAGUUUCCAUUUAUGUCAGCUGCCAAAUAAUCGUAAAAAUAAAUAUUGUAUGUCUCAUACUGAGUGCGCAGCUCCUGUCUGAAAUCAGUGCGUUUAUUUUGUGUCAGUUACACAUUCGUGGUUUUACUCUUAAGACUAGGCUUGCAGAAGGUGGUUUGUUUUUUCCUUCUUCUAUUAUUAGUAUUAUUAUUAUUGCCAUUUAUAUAGCGCCAACAGAUUCCGUAGCGCUUUACAAUAUUAUGAGAGGGGGGAUUUAACUAUAAAUAGGACAAUUACAAGAAAACUUACAGGAACAAUAGGUUGAAGAGGACUCUGCUCAAACAAGCUUACAGUCUACAAAACAUCUUCAUUAGAAUAUUUUACUGGAUAUGCUGUCUUCUUAUUCUUUAUUGUUUCUUCUACUGUAAAUAAUUAGGUUUGAUCACAUUUAACUUAUAUAUACCCUUUAUAGCUUUCAUCAAUAUGUUAACCAAAUCUAUGCAAGACUAAAUGUUAUUUUUAUAAAAAUAUCAACACAACGUGAUAAAAACAUUAAAAUUAGUGAUGUCCCGAACGGUUCGCCGAGGACUCAUCAUUGAGUAAACUUUAACCCUGUACCUCACAGUCAGCAGACACAUUCCAGCCAAUCAGCAGCAGACCCUCCCUCCCCGACCCUCCCACCUCCUGGACAGCUCACUAAGAAUGCAGCUUCACAAUGAAUGUAAAAUGGAUGCUGUCCAGGAGGUGGGAGGGUCUGCUGCUGAUUGGCUGGAAUGUGUCUGCUGACUGUGAGGUACAGGGUCACAGUUUACUCAAUGAUGAGUCCGUGGCGAACCCUUCGGCGAACCAUUCGGCGAACCGUUCGGGACAUCACUAGUUAAAACUAAUAUAUCAUAAUAUUGUAAAGCGCUACGGAAUCUGUUGGCGCUGUAUGAAUGAUAAUAAUAAUAAUAAUAAUAAUAAUAAUAAAGGGUACCAAAACCCCCUUUACCCUCACUACCCCAUCCUACCCUAAUCUUUCUUCCCCUUUCACUAAUAUUCAUAUAAAUUAUUUCCUUUAUCCCCCCCAAAAAAAGGUUCAUUGUCGUAUAGAAACACAUAAUAUUAUAUUGUUACAAUUAUAUUACCAUCACUGUUUAGAUUCAUGUACAUGCUAUUUAUGUUAACUGAUAUGUUUUGAGAUAUUCUUUGUCUUAACGAUGUUGUAUUGCAUAUAUUGCUAUAAAAUAUAAAUAUUUUCAAAAAAACACAUUUGAAAAGAAUAAAUAACAUUUUUAGAGGACUAUUUAAAUCAAGGUAUAUAUAUAUAUAUAGUAUUCUGGAUAUUAUUGUUAUAUACGUAAUGGAAUUAUGAUAUCAAAGAAAAUAGAGGAAAAAAGUGGGAUGGGAGAAGGAGGAGAAAGAAUUAAGAAGGUAAGAUGGAGGGGGAGAAAAAUUGUUAUAUAAACAAUAAAUCAGAGAUCGUGAAGUUAUACAUUUUAAUACCAGUGUAAAACUAGGGUGGUUUGUAAAUCAGUAGUGGACUAGCAAGUCUUAAUAGGGUGUGGAGUAAAACAGUGUCCCUGGCAAAAGUGGUGUAUGUGCAGUUGUUAAAAUACACCUGUGCUGUCAACUGCCUGCGUUAUGGUAUGUUUUGGGUUGGUUGGUUGUUUUUUUUUGGGUGGAGGGGAGGGUUGGUUGUUAUUUUUGUUUUUGUUGUUGUUUUUGUUGUUGUUUUUUUUGUAUUCUGUAGAAGGAGGAAGCCUAAAUUCUAACACAUGACUUUGGUUGGUUCUAUGCAGAUACCAUGAUAGCUGGUUUGUUUAGACAUUUCAGGACAGUAACUUGAGUAAACGGGAAUAAACGUACUUGCACGAUGCACGGGAAACAUCCCUUAACUCACUUCACCCUAAUCCUUUCGGUGAUGAAAUAAGCUCAAAGAAUUGCUAUUUGCAGAGCUGAUACAAAGUGGCCAGGUUGUGGUGCUCUGGAGAGACAUGUUUUUUUUAAUACAACCUGAAAACCAUUUUACACAAACAAGGGGGGUGGCACCCAAAGCUUAUUUGUCCGUAACCACUGUAAUGACCUGUAGUAGCUAUGGUGAGUGCCCCCUUUAAAAUGAAUUUAAUGUGAGAAUCUUACUAAUGCGCUCCACCUUAUCUGUUUCUCCGGAUCUCCCUAUAUUAUGUUGUUUUUAUGUGAUACAUGAACACUGCCACCAGACUGCUCAAAUAUAUUACUGACAUUUGUCUUUUAUCAUAAACCUUUGUGAAAUGCAGUGCAAAUCAGAAAAACAAAUACUAACUGUAUGUCUCUGCUUUUGGUUUUCUCAGGUGAACGUCCAUUUGAAUGCAGUUGGGAAGAAUGCAACAAGAAAUUUGCCCGGUCGGACGAAUUGGCUCGACACUACCGCACACAUACUGGAGAGAAGAAAUUUAGUUGCCCGAUCUGUGAGAAGCGUUUUAUGCGUAGCGAUCACCUAACAAAGCAUGCCCGCCGUCACCCCAACUUUAAACACAGUAUGCUCAAGGGUCGAGGUGGUCUCAGCUCCAGGAAUGGGUCUGUCAGCGACUACAGCCGUUCUGAUGCAUCUAGCCCGGCCAUAAGCCCAGCAAGCUCCCCUUAAAUCUACUUGCACUGGACAUUAGCACUUUUUUUUCCUGCUAAUGUGGAACACUUUGUGAAACUGGCUUUUUUAUUAUAUGCAUUUAACAUUUUUUUUCCUUGUGUUUUUGUUUUCAAGUGAUUUGAUGAUUGCUUAUUUUAACCUAACAAAGCAGAUACCCUUUACCUUUAUAUAAAUGAAUAUCCAUUGUCGUUUUGAGUUUGUUUAUCGGCUGCCUUGCUCUUAGAUCUUCAGAAUUCUACAAGUCAUAAUUCUGUCUUCGAUCUUCAAAAUCCAAUACUUCCGCUAAUUACUACCUCCAGAUUUCCAUAAGUCUUCUGUUUUCAUUUAUCGAGGAUUCCAGAAAUCCAUCUCUUUUGUACUUUCAGAAUUCAAUAAGCCUCUGUGUAUGGACCUUUCAGAAAAUCUAUAUAAAUGCUUCCUUCAUGUCUCCAGAAUUUCAUCGUCUAAAUACUUGGGAGCUCCAGAAAUCCAAACGUACAGUUCAUAUUCUAUUGCUUCUUUUUCUCCAGUUUCCUAAAAUACUUCAAGCUUGUCUCAGCUUCAGCAAUCAAAAUAUAUACUUAAAAAAAAAAAAAUUUAAAAAAAAAGACACAAAUCUUAUAUAAACUAUUUUCUUCACCUCAGGACACAAAAAAAAAAGUUGCACAACAGAAGCAUUGGUCUACAGCUUAACCUUCAACAUGGUUGAAUUUCACCUCUUCUUCAAUAGUCCCCUCUCUCAGGGAUAUACGAGUACUAUGAAGUCACAUAUUUACUGCAGCCUUAUUCUGUGUCUUCAUUUUAUUUUUAAUUUGAAUUAUUAUAUGGGUUUUUUUGUACUUAAGGCUUAGGCACAUUUAGAAAUGUCAGUCCAUAUCUCGCAUAUGGUACCCUUUUAAUUAUCUUUGGUAAACCUAUUUUUGUUGCAAUUUGAGGUUUUUCUGAUUUUAAUGUAUAUAGUCUAUGUCAAUGUGUAUACACGUAUAUGUCACAUGGAUCAUUUUGUUUUGCUGCGAUCUAACAUUUACUUAUUUUUACAGGAAAUGUAAUUAUUUCACGCUCAAUCAGGGCUGUUACGGAAACUUUACAAUGAGCAUUUUUAGCUGUGUUUUUUUUUUUCUGAAUUCAGUGCACUUUCUUUACACACAAAUCAGGUCUCAAAUAAACAAAACGCCUCUUUACCAAGUCACUUGACGUAAGUGCCUGUGAAAGAAGCACUACAGCAAGGGAUUCAAAGAUGGAUGUUCAGCUGUGAAGGGGCUUCCGCUGCCAUAAAACAUUGCCGUCAGAGAGUUAUGGAGCUUGUAGCCCACUAAACACCUGUUCCAUAUUUGACCACCUCUGCACUACAGUUUCCAGAAGAGAAUUAUCAAUAUGGCAAUGCCCCACUGUACCUCAAUCUCCAGGAUUAAAUGUCUUGGGGGGAUUCAAAUAAUCACCACAAUAUAGUUCACCAAAUAGUGCUUUACAAACAAGUUUAUUUAGAAAUGUCUAGAAAAGUAUAAUUUCUUGUUUUACCCUUAAAGGGAUAGAGGGAGAAAGUGCAUUAGGUGUCUCCCCAUCUUUCCCUUGAGGGCUAAACAAUGCAUUUAUACAGAUGUAGCCAAACUGAAAUUCACUAAAAUAAACCAGAAAACACAAGGACUUUACUAAUAAACACUGCACCAGUAUUUAAAAAAAAACGCAGUAAAUUAAGGGGAAUAGGAGUUUGACCACACCUGUAUCAUACGGAGUUAGCUUAAACCUAUCCGCUUCAUUAAUAGGGCAUUGCACUUUGAGCGAUCAGUUGUGCUUUUGUAUUUACAUACAUAAAUAUAUAUAUAGAGAUACAUAUAAUAAAAACAAAAAACAAUAAACUGCAAUACGGUUUCAUAGCAGGAUCUAUGAAGCUUUUUCAUUUUAGGGAUCUUGCUUAUAGUCAAGGUACCGACCAUCGAUGCUCCUUAUUGAAAUUUUACAUUUAUACUGUCCGUGACCUGUUCAAGGAGUGUGUACAGAUAUCAACAGCCUGUGAGUUGAGUCCUAAGAAAUUACUAAAAAGAACCUUAAAGGGAAAAUAAAUGAAACAUAAUUACCUUAACACUUCAUGUUUUCUGCCGCCAUUUUCUGAAGAUGCACAGAUGAGUUUAGUGAGGGUGGGGAGCAGCUGUUUUGUUUUGUAUUUUCUAAACAAAAUCUUCAUAUGAUUACCCCUUGGGGGGGCAUUAUCUCUAGUGAGAAAUAAAUAGACAAUCCUUUCGUUUUGAGUACUGUUAUUAACAAUAUGGUGUAUUAAACAAGGUUCGGGGCUGCAGAACAGCUUCCCAUUGGCUGUUUUUGCAAUAUAUUACGACCAAUAGACUAAGCACCGCCCUGAUAUAAAAGUCCAUAGCAAUCAUUGCACUGUUUCUAUAGCAUUGUAACGCACGCAAGCUACCUCAGCUUUAAGAGUGUGGGGAGAUGAAGGAGAAAAUGGCUGCUUACCAUAGUUUGAUUUGAAAGGAUUUACUAGUCAAUACCAGGAAUUUUAAAAACACUGUAGUUUAAAAGAAAAAUGGUGACAGAAAGGCCGUUGUUUUCUAAGCAUCAUCCCCAACAUUUUUUUUUCUGAUCUGUUUUCCCUUUAAGGAACACUUAUUUUUAUAUAAAGAUAGAUUUGGGAAACAGUUCUAAUUAUUUUACUGACAGAAGGGUGAGAAAAAAAGGUAUGACGUAACAAAAAUGACCGUGGUCUCUUUACGUUAAAGAUAUGAAAUAUAAAGUACGUAUUUCUUGUUAUCGUGUAGGUCAAAACCACUGCACGUUUGAAACCCUUUUUUCGGAAUAAUACAUCGCACUCUCUCAAGAGCUGUUGAACUACAAACCCCAUAAUUCUCUAUAAGCAUUAGGCUGAAAAGAAUUGUGAGAUCUGUAAUUCACCAUAAUCAUCAUCCAAAUUAUUCAACACCCCCUGCCUUAUAUGUCCUCUUUACAAUCCAGAUGUAAAACUCCUCAAUUUUUGUAUGGGUCAGGAUCUGUUUCUGGACUGUGCACCCUCGGAACGAACUUCUAUUGCCAGUUGACAAACAUUUCUUACAGUAAUUUUCUUAAUGCCUCUAUAAAGACACGUUAAUCUUUCAUCUGGUGAUUUUGUUUUUUCUUUCCCAUAACCCAGAGUUAAAUGUUAUUCUCCUGUAUUUUCUUAAAUAUAUAUAUUAAAGUAGUAUCGCCUCUGGUCUUGAUCCUUUAAAUAAUGCAGGGUAGAUUACUGUAUUAUAUAUGUAGUUGUUGGACACCAGUUAAAAUAGGACGUAUACCUAUUUUGACAUCAAUGUUUGAUAUGUUGUAUGCAUUACUGAGGAGCACCUUCGGAGGCUGACAAAAAAUAGGUGUUCUAUAAAUAUUAUAUAGCGAGUUAAAGCAAAGAGAGAAUUUAUACAGACAUGUUGCCUAUCCUGUGUCUCUGCAGUCGCUGUUGUCAGGCAGAAUUUUUUUAAGCAAUUGGAAAUCGAGAAAAAACAUAUCUAACUGGAACUGCGGAGACACAUGUUUGGUACUCUUGAAUUAUCACACAGCAGUUUGUGGGCAUUUGUACAUUCGAUUACAUAGAUGUUUUGUCGGGGCAUUUAGACUUCAUUAUUAUUUAUCAAUGUGGGCAAUUUUUGGUGCAAUUACAAGUUUUAAGAUUAUUAUUAUUUUUUUUAAUUUUAUUUUAGUAUGUAGGUUUUUUUUUAUAUAUAUAUAUAUAUAUAUAUAUAUAUAAAAUCUAGUAAAAUAAACUGUGUGGUUGAUUUUUGUGCAGUCAAACGCUUAUGGUGAAUUUAAGAAUAAUUGGAAGGGGGGGGUUAGAGGGAAUUUUUAAGGAGGGAGUGGGGAACAGUGUUUCUUCUCCCCAAGUUAAUGAUUAAUGUGUCUUUUUAACCCCUUAAUGAUAAACAAUAUAUCAGGUGUGUCCUGCAGGGGUUAAAGGAGAGAUUCUGAGUCCAACUAUAGAAGGUAAAGAAAAAACGGUUUGGAGUUAAUUGUAGUACAUUCCAGCAAACAUGAGCUGUUGCAUGCAGGAAAAUUAAAACUACCUUUUUGUAUAUUUGUGUUUGGUUUUAAAAUAUUUCUUUCAUUUCUUUUCUGUUUAUUUUUAAGACAAACACAUUUUUAUAAUUUGUUUUUAAAAGUUUUUGUUAAUUUUGUGUUAAAAGCAGUUGUGUAGCAUUGUAGGUAUAGAAAUUGAUAGUUUUUUUUGUUUUUUUAUAUCUGAAAUCAAUAUUUAAACACAUUCCACUUUUUUUUUCUAUGUGUUACUACAUGUUUUGUAUUAUUAUUUUUUUCCAUAAUAAUAAUAAUAAUAAAAAAAAAACCUUUACGUACUUUGCAUUGUAUAAGUCUGUAAAAAAAAACAGUGGUUUGCCAUGAUUUGCAAUAUAAUCGGCUUUGUUGGAACAACCGCAGUACUGCAUGCAUGUGGAACCUAUAGUGAACUUUUUAAAACGUUUCUAUAAAUUUUAGUACAUCAUUUUAAAUUUUUUUCUAAAUCAAAUGAGAAAAUAGGGUCGGAAUAGUGCAACAACUACAUCACUUGAGAUAAUAUGCGAGGAUUCAUAUUAUUCUGCACUUUAAAACUCCCCACAAAUCUACAAUACUCUUUUAACCUUAUGAGUUUAAGAAUGCCUUGCUUAGUCUAAUAUCACAAAAAGGGUGAAAGCUUGCUUGUUUCAAUAAAUCGUAGAGUGAGUAGAAAUUAACUUUGUAACUAUAGUUGCAUACAAACAAAAAAAAAAAUAUCAACAUUAAAUCAAAGGAUAUUAAAUGGUUGAGUGUAAUUACAACUUACCCCUUCAGACCCGUACACCUAUACUCCAAAAUGUAAUAUCCAAAUUAUAUUGCAAUAGGUAUGUUUUACACUAUUAGAGACAAUCUCUUCACCAAAUUAAAAACCUUUAGCUUUCUAUGACCAAAGUAGACCAAAGUAGUACCAGUUUAUUUUUUACUUCCAUUCUUUGUCUAUAGUGAAUCUCGUUAUAAUGCCAUCUAUUUACAGAAAAAAAAAUGAUCAUUCUUAAAAAGGAAGAAUGGUAAAUAUGCUAAAUAUGAGCAUAGUGAUUUCAGUGUAAAUUAUAUUAAACACAUUUUGCAGAACAUGUUUCGGAUAGAUGCACAUAUUGUUUAUUGGUGUUACAGUGCACCAGAAACACAGCCGCUUUCACUGUUAUGUGUUGUAUAACUUCCAAUAUCAUGUUAUACCGUGUUUCCCAUUUCAUUGUUUUAAUCAAAAUGCGGUUUAAUAUGCCAGACAAAGAUAUAAAAACUAGAUCUGGAAAAGUAACAUUAAUUGUGCUUUUUUAAAGGCUCUCAAUAGUUGUUCUUUUGAUAUAUCCGAAUGAUUUGAAAUGAUUUGCAAAAUUAAGGAAUAAUUAAAAAAAAACGCUCCGGGCACAAAACCACUUUGCACCAGUAAAGUGGUUAUGGUGUACAGUGUUCAUUGGCAAUUUUGAAUGGUUUAACACUUAAGUGCAGCCCCAAGGCACCGUUCCUGACUUUUCCUGCCAUUCUCAUAAAUGUGAAAGCAUUUGCUUUGGCAUUAGUGAUAGGCUGAGAGACGCUCUCUGCGGAUCACUGGCAGCCCAUAGCAAGUAAUGCUUUAGAAAAAUAUGUAUGCCAGUGGGCUGUGAGCAUCAUAACCACUUCUUUGACAUGAAGUGGUGUUGGUACCCAGAGUGCUAUCUGGAACAGACUGUCCUUCAAACCUGUAAAUGCUAUUGAGGCAUUGACUGAGUUGAGUAGCACAGUAGAAGUAAGUAAGAAAACAUCUUACAUCUGCAGCACUUCCGUGGUGAUGGCAAUGUGAUUACAUCAUGAUGCUUUGGCUCUAAAAUACAAUUUCUGGAAAGCAUUGCUAGCAUUGGAAAAAAGGAAUGCAUUCUGUGAUAUUUUAGACAGUUGCGUGCUAUAGCAAGACGCAAUAACUUAAAUAAUGAUUUACUUGAGAGACCUCAUAUUAGAGAAAGCUAACAAGACCAACUGUAAUGGUGCCGACCCUAGUGACUUUCUCAUGAGUUACUAAUAAGCACAGGAAUAUGCAUAGGCCACCAGUUUUUUACUUCACCUUGUUGUGUGUUGAGUCAGAGUGCCCAGUCUUGACUUGGUGGGUCAACAAUGGUUGGUGAAUAUUUCUGCAUGGGUAGAAGAAUGGCAUUAACACAGUAGGAAGUGUGUGGUGCUAUAUACACCAUUCAUUAUAUCAGCUGCGAUACUCCAAGCCAUUCCCAGCUACGAAUAUUACAGAUGUUUAAAUAGAAAUAGAUGAGUGGAUAUUGGCCUCUUUGUCAAAUAAAACCUUUGGUGGCAGGUCUGUCAUUUGAUAUAAAAUGUAAUGUCAAUAGCAGUCUUCAUCAUAUGUUAAUACCCGAUUUUAAAUUGUUCAGCAGCUCUAAAACAAAUUGUAAUUUCAUAGUCUGUGUGACAAUAUAUUUCCCAGUGUGCAUCUGGCACCCUAACUCGGAUUGGUUGCUCAUUUUCCGUUUCUAUAAAUUCAAUUUCUGGCAACUUUAUUUAAUAACCGGUGCAGACAAUAGUAGCAGGUUUAUAUGCAUAAAAAAGGCAAUUUUAUUGUAUCAAGAGUUUCUCUGAAAAAAAAAAAAUACAUUCAAAACUUUUCUAAAACGUAAACUUCUUAAAAUCUGCCAAACCAUGCAAAACAAUGCUGGCAUUAAACAUAGAAACAGUUUUUAAUACUUUAAUGAUUUUUAUGAUUCCCCCCCCACAUGUGGCAGGUCUACUUUAAGCACCAGUGCCUUGUAUAAUACAUAGCUUACCUUCUCUAGCGCUUAAUGGAUCAGAUUCUAAUUGUUUUCACAUUGUUUAUUUUUUAAUAAACAAUUACUGAUACUACAUGGAAAUAGUCAUUUUUUAAAUGAAUUUUAUAACAUGGUAUAAAGUAACACAAGAUGAUAGGGCAUCGCUUAAUAAAAAUAAAAACCACAAAUACGCUAACCAUAAAUCAUAACUUUAUGCAAUAAUUUAUCAGAUACAGGGAAUAAUGCAAUUAAUACAAACAAGUCAUAUAUACUAACUACAGUUUUAUUAAAAAUAUAAGAGAUUGAAAAAAACAUAUAAUGGUAACUAAGAGCAUGGAAAAAUAUAUAUAUAUUUAGAAAUGACAAAUUAAUAGAAAGUAGGCAAAUUUAGAUAAAUUUAGGGUUUUGGUGCUUUGUUCUAGAUUUUCUAAGCUAUGGUAGAUUUAAUGUGUCAAUAAAAACAAUAAAUCAACUCGAUUUAUUUUAAAGAAACUUUAACAGAAUUAAAUAACCAUUAUAUGAUGUAGCAUUUUAUGACGCAUGUCACAAAGUGUUCAUUACUUUGCAAGAUCUUGGCCAGUACUGCAUAGGUAUUGAUUUUCACUACGCUGAAAAUGAUCACCUAUCAUUAAAAUAUACAGGGUUCUACGUUUAAAGAAAUAAAAAAAAUAAAACACUUUUAUAGAGGAGAAAAUUUUAUAUUAACAGUGUGUUUUUUUUCAUUUAAAAGGUUGAUACAGUAUUUUUUCUAAAUAAAUCAACAGGGCAUUUAAACAGCGGCAGAGUUGCGAAUAACAUAUUCACGAAAGCGCAAUUUUGCCUUAUCAUACAGGGUUGGAUAUUUAAUAGCAUUCCUGAAAAAAAAUAUUAUGCUUUUGAAUAUACAGGGUCAAGAAUUACACAAACCAGAUUUCGAGACAUUGUCUAGAUUAAGAUAUAGAUCAGUCUCGCUUAUUUUUACUUAUUUUGAUUCACCGAUCCAGCAUUCUAUUCUACCACAAAAAAAACCUAAAUAAUAAUAAUCUGCAGAUAUUUCUCUUUAAAAAGAAGAUUUAUUGGUAACUAGUCUACCAUCAUGGGAGUGCAGAAUUCAGCCAAAUGCUAUAUAUCUAUAUUGGCAUGUUUUAUGUCUUUGUACAGCUAAGAAUUAAGCACUAAAGGCAAAGUGAGUUAAAUACUUGCAUAGAAGCAAGUUACCAUUAAACUUCUUUUCAGUUCUAUCUAUGUAUUCGUUUGUGAAUAGGUUCAGGCAGAGCGUCUCGUUUUUUCAUGGGGUGAACCGUGUACCCAUAAGACCUGACCCCCUUAACAGAGUAUUAUUUAUCUGAAAAUCUGAGACCUCUUUUCUUAUUUGUUUUACUGCUAGAAAGAAAGCCCCUAUGUUCUCAAACCCGUAUGUUGGCAAGAACAAAUAAACAGUUUUUUCUAGGUGUUAUUUUUGUAAGUGUUUAUUCUCUGUAAAAUUAAUUUCUGAGCAUGACACAUGUAUCCUCGGUAAAUCUGAACCAGUGUAAUGGAUAUAUGUUAAUCAGUCCCAAUUAUAAUUAGACUUCAAUUUUUUUUUUUAUAUUAAGCACUUAACAUGUCAGAACAAUUCUAUACGAUUUAGCUAGAAUGUUAACAAGUGAAUUGUAUCUACUGCAUUAAGACAAAAUCAGAUUUAUAUGUGUGCAUGGUUACUGCUCAGUUUCUAAAAUCUCGGUCAUAUCCUAUUGAUUACACAAACUGAAUUUUGUCUAGGUAUGUCAUAUUCACAAUAUCAGCAUUUCCACAGACCACACAAUCCAUAUCCUUUUGGUGAUAUACACCAUUCUCCAAGUUUGUUUACCUUGAAUCACAUCUCACAUUGCACCAUUGCACUGGCUUGUGAGCGUUUUCAAUGUGCGUUAUUUAAUAUAGGCUAUUCGGCUGAUGGUUGGUUUUAGACUAACAUUCCAGUAUGGUCUGACAUCAAAAGCUGGUUUAUAAUGCAGCAACAUUUCAUAGGGACCAAGUGAUAUAGGAUCGUGCUACAUGACAUAUUAGAGUCAGUCAUAUGUACCAAUUUGAUGCUUAUAUGGCUAAUGUACAUCACACGGGAUAUUAUCCUAGGCAUAUAAAUAUAGAUGUUUGGAACAAAUAGAAAGUGUACGAGCUAAGAAUUAGCAUGUGUUGUAUUCAUGGGGUAUCCAAUAAACAAUGUAUUUUCAUUGUAGUAUACACUUGUUCUGUGACUCUAAUAGUGUUUGAUAAUGUUUUAUAUGUUUACUAUGUAGUCAACCUAGUCCUUUGUAUGUGGUCUGCUUAACAAAAUAUGUAUGUUUUCACUCAUGAAUUACAGGGUGUAAAGUAUCUACAGCUGGGAUCUCACAAAAGGUGCUUAGCCAAUGGUGUUACGGCAUCACACCUUACGUCUUCAGUAAAUACAAACUUGAACUUUAAAAGCUCAAAUAAUAAAAUCCUGCAUGUCUAUUGUGAUUACGAACACUCAUCAAGUAAGCCACCAAACUAAGUGCUAAAUAAUGUUAUACUUGCUGGCUAACAUUGAAAAGUACUUUCUCCAUUACCAUUUAUAUCCUUCCAGUUAUGUCUGGCACAAGGGCAUUAUCAAUUCAAUGGUAUACUCAUAUUAAUACAUUUUUACGUUUCAGACGUGUUGUUUUUUGUAGCUGUUUAAAUAGUUUGGAUGGAGUAGCUACAUGAAUUAAGUGUAGAAUUAUGAAGCCAUACUCGCCAUUAACACCGAUUCCUUUUUAGACACUGUAAAAUCUGUAAAAAUAAAAAAAAUAUUCAGACUUGAAUUUUUCUAUGUAACUUUCAGUUGUUAAUUUCUUAAUAAUUAUGUAAUUUUUUUUGUAAUACAAUUUGUUGUUAAAAAAGUACCAUUUACUCAACAAUAUUUUGCAUGUGGCACUUGCAUUUUACUGCCAUUUUUCAUGAACUAUAAUAAAAUUUGAAUUUGUGGGGUUCUAAAAUGAUGUAACUAAGGUUUUAUAAUGUAAUUUUCUUUUUAUAGAUAUAUAUACCCGUGAUGCGUUUUCUUAGUUUGUUUUAUUCAAUAAAAGAAAUUGUUUUA